CCCGCCGGGGUUCUAACUUCGACCCUGCAGGCGGCAGGAGCAGCUGCUCUGCCUCUGCCCCUUUAAACCCUCGCCGAGGGAGGGAAGGCCGCCCUGUUUUCCCCGCCUCCCUCCCCUCCCACUCGCCAGGCCCGGCGCGUGAGGCGAGCUCGCGCUAGAGCGCAGGCGGAGCAACGACCGAGAGCGGCUGUUGCUUGUGGCGGCGGCGGCGGCGAAGGAGGAAGCGGGACUCGGCAGCGGAGUCGGAGCGAAGAAGAAGGGUCGGACUGAGGAGACGAGAGGAGGAAGGGGGGGGGAAGUGCCCUCGCCUUCGCCGCCGCCCUCGCGACGUUGCCCCGGAGCUACUUUAGCCUUGGCAUUUCUAUCUAUUUAAAACCCCUCGCUUGUUUGUUUAUUUCCCCUGGCGGCCGCGAAUGUUGCAUUGGCCGAGCCCUGCGCCAAGAGGAGACGGGUCCCUCCCCUGCCGUAACCAGGGCCAGGCAGACAAGGGCACGCGGGCCUUGCAGCAGCGGCGGCAGCGGCGGCAGCCCAGCCUCUCAGUGCCUUGGAGCGAAGAGGAGGAGAUAGAAGAAGAAGAAGGGGCCGCCUUCUUCCCGGAACCAGCCGCGGCUGGGUGAGCGAGCCGCUGCCGGGAAAGGGGGUGGGGAGGGGAGGGCGGGCGGGCGAGGAAAGUGUGGGGAAGGGGCUGGCGGUGGGGCUGAAGGCGCGUCCUUCUCUCCACCCCUCCCCACCUCCUUUGGUUCUUUGUUAGCCAAGCGCGGAAGGCAGGCAGGCAGGGGGGGGGGGCUGUCAAGAGUUCCUGGGCUUUCCCCUUUCCAGACACGCACACCUGCUCUGCGGAGCCCGGGGGGUGGGUGGGGUGGGGGCGGCUUCUGGAAAAUAAUAAAAGAGCCGCCGAGUACAGACGGCGACGGUUUGGGUGGAUUUGGGGCAAAAGGGCGGAGGGCGAAGAUGCUUGAGCCCUGUUUUCUGCGGGAGCAUCUGUGGAUGGAGACUGACAGCCACUCUCUUCGUCUCUCUCUCUCCCCCCCCCCCGAAAAAAAUUCCUGCAGAGGAUUAGAUUCCCAAGGGUGACGGUGGGGGGAGAAAUCCUGGGAAGAAAUCCCAUCAUCGCCUGGGAAACUUGUCAGGACAAAGCUGUGGUGGAGAUGCCAGAACGCUUAAAGUUGCUGGAGGAUGGGCUAGUUAGCUGCAGCAGUUUUUGGUGAUCUGUGACCCUCUUUUAACCCACACAAACAUUCAGCGACCCUAUUGUUAUUAUUAGUUUACCUUUUGUUUCUGCAAUCAUUGCACUGCUGUGCUAACCUGUCUUAGUCCAGGCUAUGUCCCAAACCACUAGUUGAAGACCAGUGGGGAACAUGGAUUCUCAAAUGCAGAUGUGCCUGUCCUGUGUCUGCAUUGGGGGCAGCUACUAAAGAGAAUUCUGGGGCUUGAUGAUAUAACGGAACACAAUCUUUAUUUAUGCCAUGUCUCUGAAACCUCCUUUUAGCGGGUGGUGUGGGUGGUGAAAUGACUCUUAGGCUCUGGUAAUGUCUAGUUUCUUUGUGUCUGAAUCUGUACUUUGGGCGCUGCUCUACGAAUGCUGAAUUUCCUGGGGAAAGUUGUGUGGCUGUAAGUAACUACCUCACUCUUUUAAAAAAGAGGAAUAGGGGAAGAAAGAAGACUUUUAACAAAAUAAUAAAAAUCUGUAUCUCUUUAGAAAUUUGUGCUACUUUACAAAAGCCUUUUGGGCUUUAGAAGAUGAAAUAUUGCACUCAUAUGCUUAUCUCUGUUUUAAAAUAAGUUGUGAGGUGUAAUAAGAAAAUAGUUGUGCCUAUGAAUAAGAAUAAAAGUCCAUUAUUGGAUUUAAGAGAGAGUGAAUGCAUUGCUUUCCAGUAAUGUGCUCCUCUUCCACGAAACUUUACGUAAGAAUUGCUAAUCGUAUAUACGGUAAUCGUGGCUGGUGUGCUGAUCCUGUUUGAGCCUAAUGUUAGCUGCUAGGAUGUGUUCUAUAAUAAACUUAAAGUAGAAAAAAGCAGCACAGCCUUCUGCUGACAAAAGGUCUUCUCAUGUAUUACUGUAGUUCUCCUUUCCUAUAAAAUGUAUAUGCAAGACCAGCUUGAGUGGUACAUUGACACUUUCUAUUGAAUAUUUCAUUCAAAGUGGUGGUUUCCCCCUGAAUAUUAGCAUAUUAGUGCUGAGGAGCUGAAUUUUUAUACAAGGCCUCUGUCUGGUUUAAAUUUUGUUCAAUAUUUGGACAUACUUUUUUAAAAAAUCUUUAUAUUAAAGGGUGGGGGAUUGAUGAGAUUCUCAGUUUUUAAUUGUUGUCCUAUGCUGAAGAAUUGCAUCAUAGAGUUGACAUUCACUUUUCGGGUACAUGUGUGUGAAUGUACACCUGUCCAUGUUAGGUCUGCCCCCCAUUGGCUUUGUAGAAUUUUGUAAGCUCUGCUACUAUACACAUAAAACAAACAAUUGAAUCUAUUUAGUACAUAGCUUUUUUUGUUUACUAAAUUCCGUGUUUCAGUAUCAGUAUACCUAUACUUAUUUGUUAUUUGAAAUAACAUUUUUAUUCUAGGCCUGUAAGCAAGAGUCACCACUCUAGUAUCAAAAGUCCAGGGACUGAAAAAAGCAAAAAUGGUUGAGAUAUGUUGGUCUUUAGAUUCUUCCUGAAUGGCUAUACUCAACUUACAGUACACGGUAAUUUAAAAUGUAAUAGUGUCUGAUGAGCAGAGCUCCACACAUUUGGAUCCCCAAAUUUGCAAGCCUUAGCUAACCAAAAACGUUUUGAAACUGCUAGGAUUCUCUUUGUGUGCUGUACAAUCAUAACCUCCUGCUCCUUUGCCCAGCUCAUAGUGUAGAAGUAGGGAAGGGAUCAGUUUUCCCUUCAACCAUAGCUGCCUUCUCCACCUUGGAGCUAGAGAGUGGAGUGAAGAUCUUCCCUGAAUUCGGCUGCAUUUCUGAGGCACUCUGGUGUCCCGAAAGUAUAGUGCAUCCACAGGAAAAAUCACUGCCCCAUCUGACAGGUUCAGAGGAAGACACCAGCUGAUGGUCUCAUCAGAAAGUGUGGUAGACGAAUUUGUGGGUCCCUGCUGAGGAGUAAUUUAAGAGACACUAGUUUGGCAAGCUUCAGUUCUUAGGAAAUGUGGGGUUUUUUUGAAGUUUUUGAAUGUCAUCACAAUUUAUUGUAACCUUGUGUCAUACAUUUGUCUGAACUGGGAAGGAAGUGAAGAUGUUGAAAUGUCUUGAUGAUGCUUGAAGUUGUUUGUAUCUCAAGUACUGCCAAUUUAUUUUAUUGUGCUUUCUUUAUGUUCCGGUAAAUGCUAUUGUGUACCAAGACUUCACUUGGCAGGCUCUCUUCUAGCAUGGUAGAUAUUUAGGGUUUUUCUUUCUUUCUUUUUUUAAAUGAAGUGAGUUUCUUAAGGAAAGUGAAGAAGUGUUUUUAACAAAAGAGAAUGUUGUUUUCCUAAUACAAGUUAAGAUUUUUCUAAACUCUGCUCAGGGUUGUUGAAAUAGUCUUGGAACUAUAGUAUCGAAAGCCUGAUGCUUGGGUGCGGAAGCAGGAGGAGGAUGCCACUUUGUCUCCUUCUGUAAUAAAAUGUACUUGCCUGUCCCAGAACUACGGCAAGAGAGAAACGGAAAUGCUUGCAUAGGCCUAAGAAAUUUUUCAGACAGGGUACUGUCCCCACCAGAGAAUGACAAAACAGUGUUGUGAGUGAUGUUCUUUUUUGAAUGCUAAACAUUGAAGCCCAUUUAUGUGGAUUUAUGGACAAUGUGUGGAUAACUUAUACCUGGCAACUAGGGCUACAGUGGCACAUCCACCCCCACCCACCCCCGUAACUACUUCACAACAUAUAAAAACAGCAGUUCCCUUUCAAGCUAUGCCUGCACAUGAAAUUCAAGAGAUGGUAGCAACUGAAAUUUCUUAAAUUCUUCUUACCUUUACCUUAAAAACAGAGUAUAUUUUCCCUUUUUUGUUAACUAAUGGUUUGGCUUUGUUUAUACAAGAUUGUGUAAAAUAACAUGGAUAUUUGUAUUUAGCUUUAUCUGAAUUAUUGGCUAGGACUUAUGCUUGCAGGAACAAAAGAGAGCGUACUUUGCAGUCAUACUUGGGGCACCCUCUUGGUUGGCUUCACUACAUGGGAACUGCUGCAAACUGUGCAGCUUCUUCCCAUGCCACUUGCAUAAUAUAAGAAGUCUAGACUUGAACUGCAGUGUUCUUGCUCCCACUCUACAAAGAUAACAUCCGGAGGAGCCCUCUGACUCAGUGAAUGUAAUUUGAUUGACUUACAAAAUCAAACAUGCAUUGGAUUAAAUUACAUGCCCACAGUGCCAUAUAGGUAACUGGGCAGUUUUCUCUCUCUUGCAGGUAGCGGCAGCAAGUGCAAAGCAGCAGCUCCAUAAGUGGCCUCUGUAGCAAGAGCUGGAGCCUGCUUAGUCUGUGUGCCUGUCUGCAAGGAGGAAAACCUAUGUCAUUGCAUAUGUUUUAUUUACAAUGUCUUCUGGGGAACUUUGAUCCUUAGAAUCUUAUGAGGGGUUUUCAGUGAGAAAUCAGAAAGAGCAAAGAAACUUAGAAGAUAGCUACCUAGCAUUCCUUCUCUUCACAAACAGUGAGUACAGUCAUACUUCGGGUUGAGCGUUUUCAGGUUGCACUCUGCGGCGACCUGGAAGUAAUGGAACCUGUUACUUCCGGGUUUCGCUGCUCGCGCAUGCGCAGACACUCAAAAUGACGUCGUGCGCGGAAGCGGUGAAUCGCGACCCAUGCAGACGCGGGUUGCGUUCGCUUCAGGAUGCGUACAGGGCUCCGGAACGGUUCCCGUUCGCAUCCAAAGGUACCACAGUAGUUGAAGGAGUGUUGGGUGUGUCCUGAGUCACAUUAUGUUCGGGGGGGGGGGCAAGAGUGAAGCCCAACAGGGCUGGUGCAUGCCUCAUAUGAAUGGUACCCAAGAACAUGUUCCAGAAUCCUUUGCAUAGUACAGUGGUUUUUGAUUGGCAGUUGAAAGUUAUGAAAACCAGUUUCCCCCUCAUAAAUAACUGAGUUGUCAGGGCUAAGUUUGGUUUAAUUUUCAGUUUGUGGUUAAGGCUCAGAAAUACAUUUGUUGUCAGGUAAGCUAAACUCUAUUGCAUGUGUGCCGUUGUUGUUGUUGUUGUUGUUGUUGUUGGUGGUGGUGGUGUUGUUGUUUAUGAAUCACCCUUCCUUUAGUAUCACCCCAGGCAGUGUCCAACAAAUGAUAAUAAAAUUACUUUAAUGAGUAAAGCAACUAGAGAACUAAAAUAAUAUGGUCAGGCUUGUGGCUGGGUUAGUAUUAUUAUUAGUAGUAGAAUUUAUUAAAUUUGUAUACUGACCUUCAUCCAUAGAUCUCAGGGUGGUUCACAGCAUAAAAAUACAAGAUAAAAACACAACAUGCAUAAUAAAAACAAUUCAAAGAUACAGUAUAAUAUGCAAUAAAAGUCCUUAUGUAUUGAGCACAGUCAGCAUAAAGACCCACAAAUAUGAAAAUUACUUUUUGUGUACUCCAAAGCAUAAAAAGAACAAUGGACAAUGAACAAUAACACAGUUAGGACAAUAAUACUUUGGAACAAACAGUUAUAGAUAUAUUUUGACAAUUACCAGUAAGUCUUUUUCAAAUUUGUCCCAAUCAAUCCUAAGUGUGGGUGUCAGGGGAGCCUCUCUAAGAAGACAUUGUACAGCUAGGGUGCCACCACUGAAAAGUCUUAUUAUUGAUACUAUUACUAUUAAUAAGGGGCUUUCCAUUCAAAAGUGACCCAGGCACAAUAUAAACACUAAAACCAAUUAUAGCAAACAACCAAUAAAAACUUCAAUCGGAUUGCUGCCUGCUGGAUCUCGUUUGGUGGAACACCUGAAAAAGGUCCUUGAUGUCCUUAAUGUGGCAGGUGUUACGUGAAAGGAGACUAUUGUUCAGAUAACAUGUCUGCAACCUUUUAGGGCUUUAAAAGCUUAAUAUUGGAACUUUGAGUUGGGCCCAGAAUAAUACUUGAAGCUAGUGCAAAAGAAAGAAAGAGCGGGAUGGAGGGAAGCAAGCAAGUACUGGUGUAUUAUGGUCAUAAGGUCCAGUUCUAGUUGACCAUCUUAUUUUGGAUCAACUGAAAUUUCUGCAAGGUUUUCAAAGACUCCCCCAUGUAUUGUGUGUUUCAGUAAUACAAAGAAGAGGUUACCAGAGCAUGAAUCACUGCAGCUGCUUCCCUGUGCUGUUGCUGUUCUAGCUACCCAAUGACUUUGAUGUUAAAAUUGCUCAAGGCUUUGGCUUCUAAUCUAGACAGUAUUAAGUAAACUGCAGAAGAAAAAAAUGUUUUCUUUCCAUUACCUUUUCCAAGUGCUUCUAGUGAAGCAAUUAAAAGGAAGAAACAUGUAUAAACCCCAGCAAAGGUUAAGAAUGGCCUGCAUACAAAUCUGAUCAGACUAAAAAAUUAGCCCCCUUUACUUAAGCUACGCUGUCAAGACUGAUUUGACAUCUGCUUUACUACCAGGGGAGCAUACAAAAAAAGUGACAAAAUGUUUCCUAAUUUGUUAGCAGGUCAGGGAUUGUCAUGAGUUAGAUUAGACAUGAGAAAGUUGAAGUAAGGAGUGUUGGUUGUGCUUUUGUGCACUUUCCAGUUUCCUUGAAUAUCCCUUGUUUUCUAGUAGUAUAAUGAUAUCAGAACAUUUAUGAGUGCCAAUACUCUGCUUCGUUAAUUCAUUAGAUCCAGGGCUGAAAAAAUCCCAGGCACCUAACAUUUAAGUAUCAGCAUUAACUCUUUCACUUGGAUGUUCUCCAUACUGAGAUGAGGACUGACAUUUGCAGGGGGUGGGGGCACUGGUGGAGAUCACAAUGCUUCUGCUGUAGUGGUUUAAUGAUUUGCAUUAAUUACUAUUUUAAGGUGAUUUCACUGUGUUAGGGGAAAGUUUCAAAGAAGUGGUAAACAUGGGUGUGAUUAUUUGGCAGUGACUAUGGAGAACACUGCCCUUUUGAAGUCUAUGAAAUUUAAUUUGAUAUCAAGAUUCUUGCCACCUGACAAUGUAUUCUUUUGUUAAUGUCAGUUUUUGGAGAGAGGAAGGAAAAUGUCACUGUUACUACAUUGAGUUUUUUAAAAUUAUUGAUGAAGAUCUGUGCACAAAUCAAAUGGAAUAUAGUCAUAGUGACUACAGUUCCAACUUAGAAACUAUACUGAAUGUCUAAUUCUUCCUGAUGUGAAUUCAUAUCAAAAAAUAGAAGGACGGCAUUUAACUUUCAACAUUGAUUGCAGCACAAAGAGAGAGUGCAAACAGGAAACUUGUUCUGUGGUGAAGUUUGCAAACAGGAAAUUUUCACAGAACAAACAUAGCUCAAGUAUAACCUAAGAGAGAUAAUAAAAAAAUGUUUUUCUGUAAUGUCAUGAUAUUUUUUACCAAGUAUUACUUGUAAUUCCUCAUGCCAAAUUUUAUUGAGUUUUUUUGUGGUAUUUGCCCUGCUUUUACUGGAAAGGGGCAGAGGAGUGCUUCUCUUUCCUUAUUUGAAUUGAGUCAGUUCAGCAUUCACCAACAGAGAGCUAGGGAUGAGGGACAAAACUGAACAAUGGAAGAAUGUCAAUUGCAAUACCUACAUUAAUAUCACAUUGGGACCUUAAAGGUUCACAAAAAUGGAAGAUUGGAGUAGGAGGCAGAUAUACUCUAAAAUCAGAUGUACAUAUUGAGAUCCAUCUUCACUGAAGAAAGGAUCGUUUUGUCUCCUGUCACUUAAAUACCUGCAAGGAAUUAGCAGUCUUGGAAACAACCCAACCUUCCUUUAAAUCUGCUUCACACACCCAGAGUGGAAUGUAGUGGUAUUCUUUCUUGGCAGUCUUAAGCUACUUCAAUGUUUCUGUUGUUUUAGCUUUAUUGUAAUGCUUCAGUAGCUAAUGAAGCACAAGAGGAAGCAAAAUCGGUUUCUACAAAUACUCAAGCAUGAAAAUUCUGUUGUUUAACUCUCUGCCUGUACCGCUUUUUAAACUGAUGAAUGGCACACAGGCUGAAAGCUAUUUUAAUAUAUAGAAAAUCCUCUUUUCAAAACGUAUUAAUCAGUGUGGUGCAACUUUUUUUCCUUAGUAACUAAUGUAUACUUACAGAUAUUGUAUGUGUCUUGGAUGUCUGAUUCUAAAUACAAUUAUCUAAAACUAAGCUAGCAUUAGAAAAAUCAGGAAGCUUGAUGGCUGAAUUGGAAUUUUGAACCUGUGUUUGCAACAUUCAGCCUUGGACUUCUGGCACUGCACUGGAUCUUGGGAACAGUGAAAUUGUACAGGAGACCUAAAAUAAUUAUGCAACUGGCUACUGACGAUCCAUGGGGCUUUUGCCUGGAAUACUGAAACACAGCUCAGUGCAUAUGAUUACAAUAUAUAAAGACAAACUGGACACGUAACUCUGAAACUUUGGUGCCUCUAGCAUGCUGCAGCAUGUAACCAUGAAGAAUGUGUGUAAGGUGAUAGAACAAAACAAAGGCAACUUCCUCCUUUCUUUUUCCUAGCCAUAAAGAACAGCAGUGUGGCUGUUCAGAUUUAUUUGUUAUCUUUCACUAGCCUUAGUUCUUUUGGCACAUUCAAGAUAGUUCUUUGGACAGUGGACGCCACAGAAGGGAUUUAGAAGUUCCUGCUGUGGUUGAAUGACAAAAAUCAGUGAGGACAGAGAAACCUGCAGGCAAAAAGUGUAAUGAGGAAAAUGUUAAUUACAAGGUUUUGGUUUUCAAGUUAGUUCCCUAAAGCAAAUCUCUUGGGGGCUAACUACACAGAUGCAUAAAACAGAGCUGUGAUUCUGAAAAGCAGCUUCAGAAGAAAGCAAAGUGGCAGGGAAGGAGGUACAUAAUCCUCUUCCUACUUGCUGUUUCUUGGCUUCACAUGGCACCCCAAGCAUUUUCUCCCCUACAUGGGGGUCCAGAUGCAUGAAUCCUGCUUAAAACGAAGAAAGAAGAUAAACUUGAGCAGCGAGAGGUGAUAUUUCAAAGGAAGUCUGAGAUUCCCUUUAAGCAUUGCUUUUCUGAUAGCUGUUUCACAUUUUGAGUAUUAUUAGCAAGCAUAUUCUGUAUGCUAUGUGUACCUUUCAGAGUUUACCAUAGCAGAUAUGGAGUAAGUUAUUUUCUCAUUAUGUGUAUUACGGAGGGAAUCUGGGCUGUGUUUUCCAAGCUUGCUUGUGGGGUGUAAGGGAGGAUGAAUUUGUCUUGGGCAUUACUGGGAACAUUGCUCACAAUUUCAGUAGACAGAUGAGUACUCAGUUUUCUUGUAAAGUGUGAAGUUAUGUAAGUUGUUGAGCUAAUGGAAACCAAAAGGAGCACAGUGGCUUGAAGUACAAAGGUGGAUUUAGGGAUUAAUGUGUGCAUGUUAUCCUACUGCUAAUGCAAUGUAAUGAGCUGCUUGACACACAAAUGUAAUCUUUGGUCAUAUUGGUGGAAUAUGGAUGUGACUGCAGGUGAAUGAGCAGUUUAGAAGCAGAGGAGCUGGCUAAUUUCCCAUCUGCUGUCUGUGCUAAUAUUUCUAUUAUCUGAAUCUGCGUUGAGAUUUGCUGUUACUCAUUGUAUUUGGAAUCCAACACAUUGCUUCAGCUAAAAUUCACUCCUGUCUUUGUGAAAUGGUCGUGCAAGAAUUUUAUUUUAAAUGAAGCACAACGUGAAAGGCUGAUGUAGAUUAUAUUUAAGACUGCUUCUGUUAGUUCACAAUAUAAUAAAUGCAAGAGCAAAGAUUGGAGGGAGUUAAGCAGUAAUAAUUUGUGUUUGUUUCCUGAGUGUCUAAUGGUAUUUCAGUAUGUGCAUUUGGUUACUUGUUCCUGAAUAAUUUGGUCAGGGUGCCUCUUCCUGUGCUAUGUUUGUAAGUGAGCUUGUGUACCCUGGAAAGGUUUCCUAAUAUGGUUCAGCCAACAAAGCUAGCUUAUGGUGAGGAGGUGGGAACUUAAGAGCAAUGCUAAAAAGAGCAUGUUAACUCACAUUUAUUUUCAUCUUGUCCUUGUCUGACACCUCACUAGUUCCUGUUUGUUACUCUGUUGUUAAUCACAGAAGACCAUUGCAUUUAAUAUUGAUUAAUUGUAGACUACAUUUUACAGCCUUCACCUCAGAUAAUCAACUUGGGUGGUGAUUAACAAAUGCCUAUACUAGGGGUCAGCAAACUUUUACAGCAAGGGGCUGUAACAUUGAGUUACAGCCCCUUGUCCCUCAGACCUUGGGGGGUGACUGGACUAUAUGGGGGGGGGGGGGAGAAAAAAGAACGAAUUCCUAUGCCCCACAAAUAACCCAGAGAUGCAUUUUAAAUAAAAGCACACAAUCUACUCAUGUAAAAACACCAGGCAGGCCCCACAAAUAGCCCAGAGAUGCAUUUUAAAUAAAAGGACACAUUCUACUCAUGUAAAAACAUGCUGAUUCCUGGACCGUCCACGGGCUGGAUUUAGAAGGCAAUUGGGCCAGAUCCGGCCCCUGGGCCUUAGUUUGCCUACCCAUGGCCUAUAAUAAGAGAAGUCAUUGUUCCUGAUCACAGAAACUAAGAGUAUUCUAGGUAUAGCGAUGAAUUAUCUUUUCAGAUGUCAACUGGGAAUUAUGCAGCAUGCCGCUACUAGUAAAUUAAUGUCCUUGAAUCCAGGUGUUUCAGUGUAAGCGUCUCAAUGUUACUGUAUGCUUUUAUAAUUUGAAACUGUUCUUUUACUUGGCUUUUCUGUAUAUAAUUAUGAGUUAGGCUUAAAUAAGAAACAAUAGGCGGAGACAUGUGGGGAGGAAGACUUCUUCACCAGAAAUCCUAUGGCAUAAAAGCCUGAAUUCUUCAGGUAGAAAUAAUAGUCUGAAUUUUUUUGGGGGGGAGGAAGAGACUAUAUAUGAUCUUUCAGAUGAUGCUCUUACACAUUCUGUAGUCACAUUCAGUAGUGUGUUAUUUGUCAGUCUUCUGUAACCACAUCUGCUUAAAUUAGAAAAUGACAGACUUUAUUUUAGGGCAAAAUUUGUUACUCUUCUUAAAUGUAUAGGCCUUUUGUUUUUCUUGGCACUAUAAGAUGCUUUAAGAUAAAAGUGCUGAUGCAGGCUGUGGAUAAGAAAUGGCCAGGGCUGCUUUUGAGGCAAGGCAAUGUUUUAAUAUGGGCUGCUUUUAAAUAGUGUGCUUUUAAGCCUCGGUAUUUGCAGUUUUUGAAGUGGCUUCUCAGCAUUGAAAUGGUUCUGUAUUGCACAGGCUACCAGUUUGAUAAAAAUAUAGUCCCAAAUUAGUUAAAAUAAAGCCCCUCCCUCCUUGCAACAUUACUUUUGUUUUUGGAGUGUGUUUGUUUAAUUAAUGUAAAGAAUGGGCAAUUGGGAAUGGAGAAAUGGUGUGUGUGGGGGAGAGAGAGAGAGAGAGAGAGAGAGAGAGAAAGAAACCCUUUCCUUACCUGUUGUUUUCUGCUUUAAAUUACUCAAUCCCCCAUCCCCACUUUCUGGAGUUAUAGAGACAUGUUGAAGAACAAGCAUCCAUUUGGAAAUUUGUGGGAGGAUACUUUGAAUGGGAGGCUGUUCAACCUUUUCCUUGCCGAUAGGUGUAAAACAUUUUUCUGGGAAACCCUUAAUUUUGUAGCUGUAACACAAGGGCAGUAAAAACUGACUCUGUAGACUUCAAUCAUCAUUUUCUUUUAGACAUUAUCAUUGUGUAGGAAUAAAAAUUUCAAACUUCUAAGAGGUAGCAUAAGAAUUUCAAGCGACUGGAAUUUUUCCAGUUUACUUUUCAUGCACUGUUCCAUAAUUUUGCAGUAGAUGCCAGGCAGCGGAAUAGGAGAAGGCUGAGUGCAGAAUAUAGGCUGUGAGCCGUGCUUUCAGUUCAGUUAGAAGCUUGAGAAUCCAAACUGUGAAAAAGAAAAGUAUUGCCGAUAAAUUUCUGCAAACGCAUAGGUCAGGGGAUUAAAAAGGGGGCAGGGGGGGAAAGAAAACAAGAGUAUGGGUUCCAUUGAUCAGAAACUAGGACCUUCUCACUCUGUAGCAGUGUUAGAAAUUCCCCAAGUUCCAGGCACGUUUUGCAGCUGGUGUGAGAUCUCUGGAUACCAGGUUGGCAACUGAUAUCUCCACCUGGCUGCCCCCCCAGCUUUUUAAAGCCAGUAUACAGAAAGCUUAUUUGUUGUAUUUAUAUCCCACCUUUUUCUUCAAGGAGCCCCCCCCCCAGUUAAUCCCUACAAUGACCUUGUGCGGUAGACUUAAGAGGCUGUUACUGGCCCAGGCUCACCCAAUGAGCUUCAUGACUGAGUGGGAAUUUGAACCAUGAUUUCCCAGGUCCUAAUCCAACACACUAACCACUACACCACACUGGCUUCCUAGAGUACGUCUGUUAUGGGGCAGCUAUAUAAUUUAAGUAGGUAAAUAAAUGUGAGGAAAGCAAAAUGUCACUUAGAGAAGGAUCUGAAAUAUUUUCCUUGAAGCUUGAAUUUGUCUUAUUCUGGAUUGUUUUAUUUGAUGUUUUAAUGUGCUGUAAACUGCUUUGAGAAUUUUUUUUCUUUAAAUAUAAAGCAGUGUAGAAAUGAAAAUAAUAAUGAAUUCCACUGCAAAAAAAAAACCCCACCUCUGUUGUGUGCCUAGAAAUUCUGUUGUGGCAACUGUAACCUAGGUUUAAGGUGCCACUUGGCAAUUAGCUUAUAUAUCUGAGUUUCUAACACUGCUCUGCAGACUUGUGUAACUUGUUUAGGGAUUUCAAAUGAUACUCUUAGAAGCAUUCUGUAAAAGUGUCCCAUCCUGUUCUAUCCUAGUCCCGAACAAAUCCCCAAAUUUGCAGGAAUUAUGUUAAUAACCUCUCUCUCACACACCCAGAUAUCUGUGUAGUUCCCAUAUUUGGAGUUUCUGGCCAUUCAGUGCUUUACAUUAAGUGUAGACUUCUAGAUUCAAUUGUAUCAUGUUUAGGCCCAAUUUUCUUCUUUGUUUGUGAUUUAGGAGGCCUGCCGUCCUUGAAAAGCUGAGUUUGACUGAGGUGUGUAAGCCAGGAGUCUAAUUUUUCUGUUCAUAAAAACUGUAUAUGUAACAACAGGAUCUUAAACAUAACAGUAGUUUCAUUUUUGCUUGAAUUGAGUUUUUGCAUUCACCAUUUCCACUUCUUGUUUGUGAUAGUUGACUCAGCAUUUAAAUCUUUAUUGGGUUAGUUUUGAUCUCUGGCCAACUCUGUUGGUUAAUUUGAUUUAACUGUUUUGUGUAGCAAACUGUAACAAUUCAGCACUGUUGAGUUUGAUUUCUCCUCAGUGAAAUAUCUUAAAAUUUGAACUUUUGGCAGUUUGUCUUGUGUUGCUGAAUCAUUUUUUAAAACCACUGCAGAAGGAGGGACAAAUAGACUCUUUUGUUUAUAUUUAAAGGAUUAAAAUGCUGCAUUCAAGCCAGGCCCACAACCUUAGUUGGCAUCUGUCUGUCUCAGGAGACAAUGGAGGAGGGCGUCAUUGGAGGUAAAGUCAAACUGUUGAAGAGUUACAGUGCCUGUUGUGUUGUUGGACCUCAACACUUUUCAUCUAUCCUCUCUAAAGACCCAGAUCGUCCUAUGUCAGCUCGCUCAUUCCUCCCAUUCCUUCAAGGAGUAGCACUUCUCUCCCUGUCUGUGCGACAUAAAUUCCCCACCUGGAAUCUGCAUACUGUCUUAUCAUCUCUAUAAUGUCCUCCUUUUGAGCUACUCAAGUUGGUCCCUCCUACUAUCCUUUAAAGUCCUGUGCCUCAUAGUCACUACCUCCACCAGAGGCAUUUCAGAACCAAAUUCAUUGUCAGUUGAGAGACAUCGUUGUGUUUUCCACAGAGAGAGAUAGUAAUUCCUUCCAAAGGUACUUUCACAAUUCCACUGCUAACAAGACCUGAUUCUUCCAUCAUUCUGCCAUUUUCUGUUACAUCUGUCAGAAAAGGCAGGGCACUCCCUUGAUGUUCGUUGAGAAGUGAAGGUAUACAUUCAUCGUACACGGUUCAUACAACAGACCAGCUUGCUCUUCAGCUCCUUUCAUCCUCUCCUGAAGAGGAAAAGAGUUGAAUUCACUACUCUAGCUGGAUGGCAGAAACAAUGCAUUUUGUUGGCUUGUGUUUCUCUUAACCUGCCUCCACCUACUUGACUAGGACAGCAGCACUCUUGCAGCCUUCUCCCUAAAUGCCCAUCUACAAACAAGAGUUUUGCAGAGUGGUCACAUGGUCAGCAUCUUCCACAUUCCUUUAGCAUUACAAAACUGACACUUUGGCUUCAGCUUCAGCUGCCUUUGGAAGGAGGGUGUUGCAGCAUCUUCUUCCAUUCACUGUUUGUCCCUCCCUUCAUGGGUCUGUAGGCUUUUGUACAUCCCAAUCUGGCCGCAUUUGUUUCUGUGAAAGGUUUUUCUGGAUCCCAUAAAAGCUACUGCCAGAGCCCACCCAGGCUGUCAGCAGCUGUUUAUUCCAUUGCACCUCAUCACUUGUCUCCCCCUUCCCCCAAUAGUUCCUCCAUCAUACUUCUCUACCUUUCCUACCAGAGUCUCAGUGAAUUUUAAAGGCAACCUUUCUGUUAAAGCUGUCUUCCAUGCUAUACUGCUACCGAAUCUCCUUGCUUUCUGGCUUGUUAUUUAAAAACUGAAGAAGGAAGGGGAGGGGAGGAGCUGUAACAGCAACUUCCUGUUUGAAUUCUUUAUUUUUUGCAAGCUUGCGAUGUUACCUACUGACCGCUUGGUGGUGCCUAUCCUAAAUCCCAAUCUGGCAACAGUUUUUACAGGAUCCAGAAAUACCUUUCAUAGUAAGUAUAAUGGAUUUGCUUUUUCCCUUGAAGAAAUAUGCAGAAUCCUGGUACUUGUGUGAUUUGGGCUAGGCAAUCUCCCUGCUUUCUAGAGAGGAAAGGCAUGAAACUGUUCUGAAAGGUCGAGUCAAUGGCCCUCCAUGGUUUUCCAUGGGCCCUCAAAAUAUGAAGAGAUAGGAGGCAAAGGUGGAUCUGGUGAGCUGAUUAGAAGGUAGAUAAUAAUCCCAGGGGCAUAUGUGCGCUGUGCUACAGGAGACCUCUGAUUUCUGUGGCUCUCUCUCUCUCGGUGCAGCUGCUAUAGAGUAACCUUUGCUAGCCCCCUCUGCCUUGCAUGUGUAUUUAGAGGUGUUCUAACAUAAUCUUGUAUUGUUUUGCUGAACUGAAAACUCAAAUUGGUGUGACUGAAAUUUGUUGAUUGUUGUCCCUUUUGAUUUGCAAGCUGUCAGUUGCCAGGUUUUCUCUUCCACAGCUACCUGUAUAGCCCUACGCUCCUCAGCAUCCUGUAGCUAAUACAUCAUGUUUUUAACCUAAGGGCAUGAUGUCCAGCUGCACCAUGAUGAUGUUUUUGGACAAUCCCUUCAAAGCAGUGCCCUUAUCAUGCCCUUAUCAUGUCAGGGUUUGCAGAAAGCAGAAAUGUCUUAUAAGAAACAGAUGAGUGGUGAUCAUGAUCUGCUGGUAUUUUAUUACAGCUCAGUGGACACUUGAGACUGCCUUGGCCUUAUCCACUUAGUGCUUCCUUGACUAGCAGUGAUCUUUGUGAUAGAUUCCCUUUUCUCCCUUCUUCCUUCCAAAGUAGAAAAUCUAUAUGUCCUUGGGUACAGGGCACAAUACUUCCUUGCCAGCUUUGUUGUCUGGCUCAAGUAACAAGGCAUUCCAUAUUCAUGUUGCUGUGCUACUUUUUCCUAGACAUCAGUUAACUGAGUGGUUUCAAGUUGGCCUUCUCAAAAGCACGAAUAUUUUUUUCCUGAGGGUGCUUGGUUUAUGUGUACUGUUCUCUUAAAAGUCUGGCCAUUGGGUGGAUGUGACUGUAAGGAAUGAAUGCCUCUGUUGUCUUCUAGAACAUAAAGGCUACUACUGUCAGUAACAAUCUGAAGAUUCAUGGAGAUUGUUGGGUUUAUAGCAUUAGUCCCUUUCUCUCUGGCCCUUAGUAUUCAUUUCUGCUUCAAUUAAUGGUAUAUUCAGAAAGAAGUUACACUCUUGCUUAGUUCCCAACCCACUGUUUAUUUUAGAAUAUAAUGUUGAAGACACUUCAUUGGAUAGUUCAUACACUGAUACUAUCAAAAACAGUGCCAUUUCUAGGUCUGGAAGAGACUGGUUCACUUUAAACUAUUGGUGCAGAUGCACGUGUAUGAGACUAGUGGUGGACUUUCUGGUUUUAGACCUGGUUGCCCAGUGUCUUUAAUUUUGUAUGGGCCAUUUGCAGAAGAGUAAAUUGUUUAAAAGGCAUGCCAAUAGCAGGUGAAUCAAGAUUUGGAGAAUCUCAAAGAAUCUGAUACUGGCACUAUCAAUCAACUUUUAUUGUAUAUAACCAAAGGCCUUUACAAUGGAUGACAGAGAAUUAAAUGAAACUUUAAUCUAAAAUCAUGUACAUAACCUGUAGCAGUUUACAACAUAAAAUGAAUUUACCACAUUAAGACUUAAGAUGGGAGUGCAUUCACAUAGCUGGAACAGAGCUUCUUGGCUGCCAGCGCGAAUUUGACUACCUGGUAUGUAAUAUAUAGAUGUUUAUCUGCUAGAUGUUCAGCUGUCACUUCCUGUAUGGAUCAACCUGGAAGCCAAUUAAGAAUUGGUGAUAUAAAUUUUCCUCUGGGCGUUGUAUACAGGGGAACAAGUCAGCAGGUAGUGUGUGAUGUCUUCUACCUGAUUGUAUCCAUUUGCGAUCCGUAUGGGGAAUUCCCCGGUAUCUCCCCUCUAAAUAUGCCAAGGGCAUGUGUUGAAAUCUUAGUUCUACAAAGACCCUGCAUAGUUGUGGGAAGGUCAGAGUCUCAAGGUAAUGGGGCCUUGAUUGGUCUUAAUUUGGGGGUACCAAGUAGAGUAGCAUGGAGCAAAGAUGGAUACUCUGUCUUGGUUGGCAUCCUGAUCAAAAAUCCAAUUUCUAAGGUCAUGUGGGCUAAGUAAUUCUCCAUUUGGAUAAGCCCUAAGCUUAUCUUGGCACUAUUGUGCCCAGCCUCUGUCCUUAGUUGCUCUAACCAGCAGAGCUUAGUAAGAGUAUGAUCUUCAAAGGCAUUUAGCCUGCACCAGUAUCUCAGAUAGGCUAGAUCAAUUCUGGCUGCUAGCGAGGGAAGGCCCAACUCGGCUCUGAGGUGGCUGCCAGUGUCCCACACGGAAACCCCAAAAUCUGCCUCAUAAAUUUGUUUUGUAGGACCUCUAUUCCAGAUUUGACAUGAGUUCCCCAUAUCUUAGCCCCAUAGAGCAUUUGUCCAAUGAUUUUAGAGACAAGUAUCUUAAUAGCUGGAUUGAUUGAUUAACUGUCUGCCCUUUGAAUGGAAGAACGUAUAUCUGCCCAGUAGAAUGGCCAGUAUUAGCUCAAUUGCUUCCAGAUGGGGUUUCCAUGAUGACUUCUUAUCAAUAAGUAAUCCUAGAUAUUUAAAUCUGGGUACAUUCGGCCCCCAUCCUGCUAGAUUUAAUAAUCCAGGGGGUACAAAGCUCAAGGGGGCACAUGGUUACAUGCAAAGUUUCAAAGUUGCCGCUUUUAAAGGUUGACAUUCUGACUGGCUCUCCCCUUGCUUGCUGUCUCAAUAAUCAACCCUUUAAAAAAAGCAUUUAAAAAUAUUUUAUGUAUGGGUUCCACUGAAGUUUUGUUUAAAGUAAAGGGUUCCACCACUGCAAAAAGUUUGAGAACCUCUGUCUUGGAUCAUAGCUCACUUGCUGCUGCUGACAUUGAUUGAUUCCCAUCUAACGUAAGUUCAGCUAUUUUAGCCUGGGUCCAUCCCAUUGUAAAAUGGCAAGAAGGGAUUAACUACAUUUUUAAUGUGUUUGCUGCAGGUCUACAUUAGUAAGAAAGAGGUUGCUUUUCCCAAGCAAGCUGUAUUUAGUAAUGGGUCCAUUUUUUAAAAUGCAGCUGUUUAAAGUGCAGGCUUCAGGGGUGGUCUGGUGUUCCAAAUUUGGAUGCAAAACACUGCAAACUCAAAUCAUUGAACUCUACUGCACAGCUGCUAGAUUUCUGAAUUUCUGUAGGAGCCACAGUCUGAUUUGAAAGAGGAAAAAUAGCUUUGUUUUUCUUGAGUCAUCUCUCUAGCUUAUUCUGAAUAACUGCAUGGCAUCUAAUUGUGCUGGUGAAGCAGAUGAUAAGCUUCCAGUCUGUCCUGAAGGUUUGCAUGAGUGGCUUAAAAAAAGGAUAGAGAAGGGUAUUAUAGUUAGUAGUAACAAGAGAGCCUGUGAAGCCAAUCUCAAAAAUUUAUGGGCCCUUAGCAUACUUUAAGGGCCCCCAAGGAAUGUUGGUAAUGAACUGCAAACUGAUUGGCCCUGUGUGCCAUCAAUCAAUCCAACAAGUUAAAAAGCUUGUAAAGAGGCUAAAUGCACUUGCCACAACUGCAGUAAAGCUCACAGUUUCUGGCAUAGUAGAUGAAAGGCAAGGUGGUGGGUGGGAGAGAAGAGCUCAUUGCAUACACAAAGAUGGACUUUAUUGGGUGGUGGGACAGCAGAUACAGUGUUAUAAACUGGGAUAGAAAAGCUAGGAACCAAAUGGCUCCUGGGAUCUGGGUUGUGGGUGCCAAAACAUAAUGUCUAAUCGCCAUUUAGUCGGCAACAGUUUUUAUUUAUUAUUUUGAUGCGCGUGAACUAAUAUGCAAUUCACAUAAGUGACUCAUUGUUAAUAUGUGUGUUUUUAAAAAAAUUGUUAAUACUUUUUUAAUUUGAUGUUUACAAUAAAAAUAUUGGUACCAUACUUCAAUUUUCAAAACACUCUACUCUUUAUUGUUAAACUCCUUAACAUACUGUCUGUCCUUAACAUAUACUUUGAAGCUUCAAAGGCAUAAAAAGGUAAAGGUAAAGGGACCCCUGAACGUUAGGUCUGGUUGUGGAUGACUCUGGGGUUGUGCACUCAUCUCACUUUACUGGCCGAGGGAGCCAGCGUACAGCUUCUGGGUCAUGUGGCCAGCAUGACUAAGCCGCUUCUGGCAAACCAGAGCAGCGCAUGGAAACGCCGUUUACCUCCCCGUCGGAGCGGUACCUAUUUAUCUACUUGCACUUUGACAUGCUUUCGAACUGCUAGGUUGGCAGGAGCAGGGACUGAGCAACGGGAGCUCACCUGUCGCGGGGAUUCGAACCACCGACCUUCUGAUCGGCAAGCCCUAGGCUUUGUGGUUUAGACCACAGCACCACCCGCAUCAAAGCACAUACAUUUCAGCAAUUCUUGAGUGUCAGCCAGGCGCAAAAAAUGGCACCCAGACCUUUUGAGGGGCUCGCAAAUGGAGAAUAUUUAGGUGCGAAAUGCGCCUGGUGCCAUGCUAAUUUUGAACCCUGAGCAUAUAUGCUUCUCCCUUUGGAAGACCUUCCUUCUUUGCAAAGGACAAGAACUCAAAAUUCUUGUUGUUACUCCCUAAAGAGUGGACUAGUUUGGAAUAUACAUUGUCACAUGAAAAUGGUGGCUUUAUUUCUUCAUUUUAGCAAAUGGGGAAAAUCUUGGAUGUUUCAAAUUCUGCCCAAGUUUGGUAACACUUUCUGCUCUGAACUGUUCUCUUGACCUCUUAAAGAAUUUGCAACUGUGGAAAGAGUUGCUUCCUGGCUGGGUCUGGCCAGUCAAUCCCAUACUUGUUUGCCAAAGGUGGAGCCAACAGAAUGAGUCUGCCUUUAUAGAGAAAAGUAUUUUUAGAUACCACAGUCUUGGUUCUGAGCAGCAUUUCUCAUUUCUGACAGCUACUUCGCAUACUUUCAGACACCAUGACGUCAUAUGGUCAGCGUGAGUUGAGGAAAGAACUGAUUUUUUAAAUUUCUAAAUAAAAGAUGGGGUUUGUGUUUGCUCUAAAUGAGUUAAGGCAGGCUCUCAGUAUUCUGUAUCUGAUACAGGCCAUAUGGCAUUUCUAGUGAAACCAACAGAUGUUUCUCUCACUGUGUCCUUUUCCUCGGUUGCUGCCUGAUCUCUUCUUUUGUUCCCACAUGUCCUGUCUGCAGAGGGCCGUCAGCAGUAACGCAGGCAGCAAUUGUUGCUGUGUGUCAAGUUAUUGGUGUGGAUUUUAUAAUACAAAAAUUCAUGGACAAAGGAGCUGCUCACCAUGUAGAAAUAAAGCCUGUCUUUUCAAAGAGUUCAGUAACUGGAUCCUGGCUUCUCGGUCAUCAUCUUUACUGAAUAUCCUCUCCUUUGUGUUGUGCCUGCUGCUGUUCAGAGCCAAUUUAAUAUAAAGCUGAAUUUGCUCAGUGGCUUGCAUUUGUGGUGAGUGAGCCUACCCUCUAUACAGCUUUUCACUGCUUUUGUUUCUCUCUGUGUGUGUGUGUGUGUGUGUGUGUGUGUGAGAGAGAGAGAGAGAGAGAGAGAGAGAGAAGAAGAAUCUAUGUAAGAAUAAAUUGUGUGGGUUUUUUCUGCCAGUCCCACUGACUGACUUGUAUGUACUGAAGAGGUGCUGUUGGGUUCCUGUUCUAAGUGUAGAAGAAAAAAGCUUGGCAUACAGUAGGCUGUUCUGAAGAAGUAUUUGCAGAUAUCCAUAUAUAUGGAGCAACUUCUCCCACAACUAACACAGAGGGAAUAAAUCAUAGAGGCUAAGAGAGCCAUUGUUCUCAGAAAUGGGUUUCUUGAAUGGCUGUUACGUUCUUAAGCUGAUUAUGUACUAACUGAAAUUCAUACAAUAUUUAAACUGUUGUGAACAAAGGGAACUCUAGACAUUUUUAGAUGCUUGCAAAUUCACAUACCAUGUGUUGCAUUUGGACGUACCAUAUCAAAUAUUUGGUUUUAGUUUCUGUCAUUUUCGCGGGGCAAAACAGUAUCCUUCAAUGUUGUCAUCUGCCCCUAUACUGUAAUAGAGGCGGGCUGCAAUUACCUCCCUGCAUAGAUUCUCACAUGUAGAAAAUUAACAUUUCCCCCCCCCAAAAAAAGUGUGCUCAAAGCUUCCUAGAAAUAAACACAACAGCAAAUAGGGUAAAAUAGCAAUGUGGUGCUGAGCCCCAAAGACUGAGCAGAUGCUGGAAACUGAGACUUAUAACAUUUUGGGGAACUUGUAUCCUUCUCCAAAACUUUCCCCACCCACAGGUAGUUAAAACAGAGUAUUAAUGUUUAUUUGCUCUUGGAUGCCAGUUUACUGAAACAUCUAUAAUUUGCAGCAUUAUAUUAUAUUUAAAUGGUUAGCUUUGUUGUGGACUUCCUUUGUUUUGAUGCAACUACCAACUUCAUUAUUUUAUUUAUAUGCACAGAGUUUCUGCUUCUUGGCUCACAGCGCUUUAAUACACAGUGUAACUGCUGCAUUUGACCAAUAAGACGUCAUUAUGUAAAAAGCCUAGUAAUUAUAGUAUUGGGCACAAUUCUGUGGGUACAAAUAAAUGAAUAUAAGGAGUAGUCAUACAGGAAGUUCAGAGAAUCAACAAAGUAUCUUCAUUCAAUAAGCGUAGAAUACUACCCUUUUUGGCCUGGAUGGUUCAUUUGGAAAACUAAAACUGCUGUGGGCAGCACAAGAUAAUAAGAAAAACUGGUGAUGCUGAGACCUCCAAAGAACAAUAGGCAAACCACGUGCACACACCAAAUCAAAAAAGCAGAUACCAUCAAUUCCAAAGCAGGCAAUCUCCCACCAGCAAAACAUCCCCCCAAAGUCAAAGAACAUCAUUUUAAAAAUUAAUAAGCGAAAGGUGGGUACUCUUGGCAGGUACCAUUGGCAGGUGCUAUUGAGGGUGCCAUGGGCCCCGCAUCUGCAUCAUUAAGAACCCCAGCUACAGAUUGUUCACAUAAAUUAACAGAAUGAUACAGUCAGAUGCACAGUUUGCAUCUAUUGGUAUCUCAAGGACCAUGUAGUUGGUUUGAAUCAAGGGGCGUACAUGCUCAUAGUCUGGACUUCAGUUUCACAUCAGAUCACUUGAUGAGAGGGAAAUCAAUGGGGAGGAAUUCAGUGCCAUGCUCCUCUGAUUAGUUUAUUUCAAUUAUUAAAACUGAUUAUCCAUGGCAAACAAAAGUUACUCUUUAAAAUUUAUACUUGUUGGUACACUGGUUCUCAGAUUGUCACUUCUUUAUUCCUCUUCCUUGUUCCAGGGUCCCCUUUCCUUCCCCAGAAAAGCAAUUUGUAAACUCAGGAUUUUUCUCUUAGACACAGAAAAAUGAUAUUUUGGCCCCAAUUCCCCUUGCUCAGCAAAUUAGUGGAAGUCAACGCAAGGGCUUCCACUAGUGCCCCUGCCCCACACCACCACCAAAUCCACUCUGGAUGGCCAGGAAAACCCCCAGAACAAUGCACAGAGGGAGGAUAAGGAAGCUUAUUCUUUCUGGCAAGCAGGGACAAAAUAAAGGACAAAAGCUACAAUUAUAAUAGCUCCCCCAGAAAAGGUGUCAAUUGAACACACUGUCAUAUAUUUGAUUGUUUUCCGGAUGCUUGGUAUGUAUGAAAAUAGGGUAUUUCUUAGCUUGCAUCCUUUUGCUUGGACUGUUUUAUUGGGGCCAGGAGGUUUCCUGAUAUUUUAUAGAGAAGAACAUUUGGGUGUUUGAGUUAGUGGUGCGUACUUCUCUCUCUCUCUGUGUGUUUGUUCUUUCCCAUUCCUGUUAAUAGCUAAACUCAGGUUUGUUUCAAGCUAGUUUUCUGCUGUGGUUUAUAAGUAUCUAUGUGUUCAUUCAGAAAUCUUCCACCCACUGACAUGGCAAUUACAUUUCCCACAGAAUGUUGUCUGCAGGGGUUUCCUUUAUAAAAUCUGUAUAAUGUGAUCCUUUUAAGCAGAUGAAGGGCGGGGAAUCCAGCAUAAAAUUGUUGAGUUUUCCUUUCAAAUGUAGAUUAGAGGUCUUGUUAAAGAUGGGCUUUUACCUUUUGAACUUGGUCUCCUGCUGCUCUCCUCUUCCUCCCCUUUUAUGGCCUGUGCCCCUCUUGGCUUUAGAGUGACAAAAAACCCUUGGUGCACACAUGUUUGGCCAGAGCUUCAUGUCUAUUGAAACUGAUUUGAAGCCUUACUAAAAAAGGGUGCUUCCUGGUAGGUGCUUAGAUUUUGGGAAGCAGUCCGCUUUUGUAGAUAAAUUGUUGACAAAUUCAAAAUGCAUUAUGUUGGAGAAUUAGUGCAAGCAAAGAAGUUAUCCAGUAGUGAGAGUGACCAGUAAUUAUGUGGAAUCCAGUUGCUGAGCACUUUACAAGCUUCUGACACCUUGGGUUGAGAGAGGUGAAGAAUGAAAGAGAAAAAACAGGAGUAUCAGCCCUUUAGGUCAAAGGCAAUUAAAUACAGGCAAUUAAAUACAGCCUAUCUUGUGACUUGUUGAUCAAAGGUAGGCUUCCACCCUAGCUUUUGAAAUCAGCCCAGGUAGAAUUUGCCUUCAAGCUGCUGCUGAGAUUUAUGCAGCUGGUGGCUGAAUGUUUGACACUUGAGAUUGUUCCCAGCAGCUUUUUCAAACCUAGACCUGCUUUGACUCUGUUCAGCAGAAUUUUAUUGCCUGUAGGUAGGAAGCGUGUGAGCCUUAAAUUUAAUUUGAAUAGACCCUUUCCUUUCCCUCUCCCCCUUAAAAAUACAGCCUAGGCAAACAUUAUCCAGCAAAGUAAAGGUGCUUUUGUAAACAAUUUAUCUCUGUAUAAUUCUGAUGAGUGUGCAUCUACCAGGGUUAUUUACUGUCAAGAAACUGAGAUACAUUAUUGAGUAAGAAGGAAAAUUUGAGUAACAAUAGCUGCUUAAGGAGACAUGCUCACAUGAAUUUGAGAGUAGAAAGCUUCAGUAUUUUCAAACAAAGGAAUGUGUUGAUCUCUUGCUACUUCAAAAGGCAAUGAUGGAAUGACUGGAGUGGUCUGUGGAUUAAUUCACAAAGGCAGCAGCUUCAAAGUAAGUUUUCCUGGCUGCAUAUUAAGAGAGAACAACAAUAAAAGCUUCGAAUAGUGCCUGUCUUAUGUGUAUUGGUUUGAUAGGAGAUAAAUAUUAAAAUACUUAGAACCUGAAACUCCUGGGACUAGGAAACAUCUCCCCAUAAACAACCCACCCUAGCUGCUUGGCUUUUGUUGCUUAGUGACCGUUAGAGGAUCAGGGUAAGGGUUGGGAAUUGUCCGCAGGAGGUGUAGACCUAGACAUAGCAUUAAAAUGUCAUGUGCCUAGUGCUUCAUAGAACUAGGAAAUAGAUGUGCUUCUGUUCCAUUGUUAGUGUUUUGGGUGUGUAAAGGCUUUCACCUUCCUUAAGCUAUUCAUCCUUGCAGCAGCCAAUAGUCACACUUGUCCCCACUUAAUGGUUGAUGAACGCUGGCUGAGUUGAGAUGUUUAAGCAGACCCUUUUACAUUGGUUCUCUUUCAUUUUCUCAUUUCCCCUGUAACUUCUUCCAGUGGUUUUGAGGUACUGCCCUCUGUAGGAGCUCUGUGCUGGAGGAUUUAAAAAAAAAAAAAAACUGUGAGAGGAGAGAUAGAGCUACAGUGGUACCUCGGUUUACGAACUUAAUCCGUUCCGGAAGUCCGUUCUUAAACUGAAACUGUUCUUAAACCGAAGCGCGCUUUCCCUAAUGAGGCCUCCCGCCGCCGAUGCCCUUCCACCAUUCAGCUUCCGUUCUUAGACCAGUGUAAAGUUUGCAAACCGGGACACUACUUCCAGUUUUGCGGAGUUUGUAAACCAAAUAGUUCAUAAACAGGGCUGUUCUUAAACCGAGGUACCACUGUAUUUCAAAGGCAUUUCUUAAAUUAUCCACAUAAUUUAAAGUUAACAAUUAAAACUAUAAGUUCUGAAACAACUGUGUUCUCAAAAAGCUUUGAACUUAAAACCACAAUAAAAUAAUAAAAUAAAAUAAACCACAAAAAAGCAGAUAGAAUUUUUGCAGACUAGACUUUAAACCAGUCUUUCUCCUAUUGGUUUACAAAGAGAUUUUUUUAAAAAGACUUUCCCCCUUGAGAUUACUGGGGUUUUUUUAUCCUGUUUGGGAUGAGUUCUUUUUAAAUUAAUCCAAAGUUUGGUAUUAAUUUUAUUAAAAUAUUUAUUGAAUGCCCUCCUGGACAAAUAAGGGUUGCCAACCUUUUUAGCCCCAGGGAGACAUUUGCGUUUUUGAUCAAGUACCAUGGACACCAACCUCUCUGGUCGCUUCCCUCCUCCACCAAGACAGAAAAAGAGUGUGUGUGCAUACAAACACAAACUUUGCUUUUCCAAGGGAUCUAGCUAAAAGUCAGAUACAAUAUAAUAAAUAUGAGCCUGGAAAUGUGUGUCAUUCUUCCAAAUUCAGUUAACGUAAGAGUUUGAGUGCUGUGUGAAGCCUUUUCUGACAUGGAAAUGAAUACUAUAGUCUUUGGAAUUAUUGUUUGCAUACAGUGACUAAACUGUAAAUACAGUAGUACCUCAGGUUAAGUACUUAAUUCAUUCUUGAGGUCUGUUCUUAACCUGAAACUGUUCUUAACCUGAAGCACCACUUUAGCUAAUGGGGCCUCCUGCUGCCGCCGCCAGAGCACAAUUUCUGUUCUCAUCCUGAAGCAAAGUUCUUAACCUGAAGCACUAUUUCUGGGUUAGCGGAGUCUGUAACCUGAAGCGUAUGUAACCUGAAGCGUAUGUAACCCGAGGUACCACUGCAUCUGUGUACAGAAUUCUCACAAAUGCCUAAGAUCUGGGAGGUUCUUCUUGACUGGAAUCUUGGAGUUUGGCUUAUGUGAGCUGCUGAGAUGAAUAAAUGAGAAGUCAGUUGGAAAAGGAGCCCUUUUGGGAGGGAACUUCAAAAGGUGGAGGCGUGCUAUAUUUUUUAUUACAGUUGUUUAUACUGCUCCCCCCCUUUCAGGAUAUAAAUUCUGCCAAUAUGACUCACAAGUAACUUUUCAGUUACAUAUUUCACCCCGUGAACUUGGGGUGGGGUUGAGAAUCAAGUACUUCAGCUCCAGCCGAUAACUUGGUUUAAUUGGCAAAUAGUGUUGAUUUGAAGGCCAUGAGAUCACUGGUACUGAAUAGCAAAGGUGUGUGUUCUUCUUCCUCCCACUCUGAUGAAUAAAUAGCAUAGGUUUAGUUGUUCCUGUAUGCAAGUGCAUGUUCAUUGAAGGGUUUCAUAGAAUCAGAGAAUUGUAGAGUUGGAAGGGACCCCGAGAGUCAUCUUGUCCAACCCCCUGCAGUGCAGAUACGGUAUUUUGAAAUCCAGUUCCAGGAAAUUUUUGUACUGAUUUGGAAUUGAAUGUUUGAGAGUUAUAACAGCUGUAAACUGCGUUUGAAUACAUUAUUAACCCCCUGAAGCUACUUGCCAGAGGACAGGUUUUUGUUUAUUCAUUUGGCUUCCGUUCUGAAUAUAGAAGGUGACAUACACCAUUGGCUUGAAUCUAAUAGUCCACAGGUAGGAAUGAUGUCACUUCCCUGCAUUUAAAUAGCUGCACUCUUUUGUAAUUCAGAGGUCUGACAUUUCUGCUCAGCAGCUUGUUUUUCUCGCUGGCUUCCACUUAUACGGCAGUUCCUUUGAGGUAGUGUAUAUAUUCUGAGUAUUUUUCUCCCUUGGGGGUUUGGUUUCUGUCUCCUUCCAGGUGGCUAAUGAAGGAUUUUGAUUUAUUUAUCGUAGCUGUCUAGUCUGACUGUCAUUUCUGUGUGAGUGGUUCCUUUUAAAGACCGAUGCCUCUGUCUAGUAAAACUGGUUUACCUGAGGUCUCUUGAGUGAUAUCUUCAGAUGAGGCAGUUUGCCAGGCGGCUUGUAUCUUUAAAACAAAAACAAGUCACCCUCGUAACAUAUAUCAUCUUCCUUAACAACAGUCAAGAAAAGUGUCCCUUUUCUAUAGACUCCAGGCAUCUUUAUAUUUCCUGGAUUUUUUCAAAAGGCUUCUUGAAUUUUGUUUCAUACACACACACACACACACAUGCCCAUAUGGAAGUCAAUUUAGUCAGGAGUGUAUUUAUUUGGAGAUGUCUAAUAUUCUUUUUCCAUUUUAGAAGUUUAGCUGACCUUCUCUCUCUCUCUCUCCUCCCCCUUUUUGUAGGUAGAAUUGACCUCUGCCAAGAAAAUAUUAAACGUUGGAGGGGGGAAAUAAUCAAAAGCAGUUGGCGUCUAAAAGAUGUGCCAUGGAAUGGUAUCAACAACGAGCACCACCACAUCGCUGCUUACCUUGAUCAGUCAUGGGAUAUUUUUUCCAUUGGCUCUCUUCAGUACACUCACGGUGGAAGGACUGGACUCAUGUAAGUAAAGCUCUCCCUACUUAACUUUUGUUAGGUUUCUAGCUCUCUCUGCGAUGGCUCAAAGCAAGUAACAAUAAAUGCAUUAAAAAAUGGCCUCUUGUCACUUAAAAAUUCAGAAACAGAACAGAGAACAAAAAUGGCUUAAGGCAGCUUCCUUAUCCUUUAAGGAUCUUGGUAGGAGCUAGGUAGGGGGUUAGAUUGCCUCCAGUGCAUGCUUGUGAAUGAAGUGGAGAUUCUAAUCACGCCACAUGAAGUAUGGAACUGAUACACAGAGAACUAUUUUGACUGGUUAGUGCAGAUACAAUCUUGUGAGAGUUGCAUUAGUUACGUCCUGUUGUCUAAAUGACAGGUUACUCUAUAUAGUAAAAGGCAGCUUGUGGUUUUCUCCAUUGUAUGUUUUAGUUUAACCAUGAGUUAAAACCUAGAACUGACUUGUGUAGAUAGAACCAGUGGACUGCAGUUAUGUGGUGCAGUGGUUAGAGUGUCAGACUAGGACCUGGGGGACCCCACGCAGCAUAAACAAAGCUCACUGGGUGACCUUAGGCCAGUCACUGCCUCUCAGGCUAACCUACCCCACAGGGUUGUUGUGGGGAUUAAUUGAGGACAGGGGAGAAUCAUGUAGACCACCUUGAGUCCUUGGAGAAAAACGGUGGGGAAUAAAAAUAAUAAAUAAUAAUUGUGGAGAGGUAACACCUGCCCUCCCCUGCCUUGGAUAGCACUGUGCACUGAAACCCCUCUUUGAAGGAGCAAAGCAAAUUUUAUUAUAGGAAAUACAUGUUAGACAGGAAAUAUUCUAUUUCUCGCCAUGUCUCUGGGGGACAAUUUCUUAUAUGAAUUGCUAACAUUCAGUAAAGGUAAUCACUGUUGUUGAGGACACUGGCUUGGUCUUUAUUUUGAGUUUACACCCCUUUAUUCUAGCUCCCAUUGAGAAGGGAACCCUGAUAGGGCAAGUGCAUCUAUGCAAUAUACAGUACUUGUAAUAAAAACUUAGCAAAAUAUUAAGUAUGGUUCUGGAGGGCAGAAGAGAGGUUGGAACAGAGACUCACUAGCUGCUGUCCAGGUGUGGCAGAAUGGGCAAUAUUAGUCUCUCCCCCUCUCCCCGGUGUGGAUGGUCAGGUAGAUUAUGGCUGAAUUAUAAGUUUUAGAAGACAUUUGAAGGCAGCCCUGUUUAGGGAAGCUUUUAAUGUUUAAUAGACUAUUGUGUUUUAAUAUUUUUUGGAAGCCGCCCAGAGUGGCUGGGGAAGCCCAGCCAGAUGGGUGGGGUAUGAUAGAUAAAUAGAUAGAUAGAUAGAUAGAUAGAUAGAUUAUAAAAACUAGAGAAUGGGGAAGGCCUGUUUUUAAAAUGCAUGCAUCCUUAUUUUUGAAUUCUCCAUAGCUUCUUUGGCCAUAAGCCUAUGGGAUGCUUGAUUGUAAUGUCUCAUUCCUGAAACUCUCAAUUAUUUUCUGAAAUAUCUGUUUAUUUUCAAUACUUGUAAUGGCAACUCAUCUGACUAUAGAUAUGGAAUUUAAGAUACUUUUUAGAGCUCUUCAGUGUAGUUUUCCAAUUGUGUCUGAGAAAGUUGCCUGAAGCAGCUGUAGCUUGCAUUGGUUCAAAGGUUUGUGCCUUGUGUUAGAAAUGGGCUGCUUGUCUCCUACAGUACAUCACAUUCUUUCCUUUCUUUGGAGUUUGAAAUGGGUAAAGAGAUUGUAUCAUACAAGCAGGUGGCUGGACCACAGCAUUUAAAAGUAUUUGUGGGGAAGAAAGGUUUUAGUUUAGGAGUAUUCCUUGACACACUAGAGCAGGCAUAGGCAAACUUGGCCCUUCAGAUGUUUUGGGACUACAACUCCCACCAUCCCUGACCACUGGUCCUGUUAGCUAGGGAUGAUGGGAGUUGUAGUCCCAAAACAUCUGGAGGGCCAAGUUUGCCUACACCUGCACUAGAGCCUUCUCCUUAAGAAUGUGACUGUUUCCAGAUACAGCUAUUUUGUGUUAGUUGCAAGUUAAUUGAUAGCUUCAGGGAGAGGUGGAAGACUGUAGACAUGCAACAAAGUUCACCGGCAGCAGAGUUAGGUCUUUUGUGUACUGUAACCUAAAGUCCGCUAAGGAUUUGAUAUAUUGAUAAGGACCCAGUUCUGCUUUCAGUAGGCAUACCUACCUAUUUUUGAGCAGUUUAGUCCUCUGCUUGCUUUCUGGGAUUCCUUGCUAUUUAGACAUUUAUACAAAAGAAUGCAAAGGUCAUAACAUGAGUGCACUUGGUAUUGGAAAAGGCAAAGUUCCUUAAUUGCCUUCAUUCCUAAAAUUUGAUGCUGAUGCAAAGGGAUGGGGAAAUGCUAAAAGUUUGACAGCAGAUGUCCCCCAGAUGAAGCUGACACACAUCAAUUUAAAUUAUUUCUACCCCACACUGAGUAUCCUCCUCUGUGAGGGCUAAAGUCUCAUAAAGCAGGCAUGAAUAUUGUAAAAGAAGAAUUUCCUCUAAUUUUACCAUCCAUGUAAAGCAGAUGUAGCUCCUGAAGAGAGGGGGAAACUACAUAAUAUGUGAGGAAAUAGAAAUCUGUGUACUGGUUAGUUGCCUAUAGCACUAAAUUAAUUUUGAGAUAGCCAAGUGAAGGUGUACAGUGAUACUGACAGAUUUUUAUAAGAAAUGAAGUAAGUAUAAUGGAACAGAAUCUGAAGCAUAUGGAAUAUAUAUCUUGAAUGACAAUAUUAACUUUAAUUGUAUGUAACGGUCCUAAAUGAUGUGCAGCUAGAUUCAAAGCUUAGGAUUUCAGAUAUUGCCAAAAGAUCCCCAUGGCCCAUUUCUUGGCAGCAGUAUCCAGCAAAAAAUAAAGGUGACAUGAGAAAUUUUAAUUUAAUCUGCUUCUGGGUAACUCUACCACUUACUAGAAUUUCACAACUUAUCAAGACCACUGUUGUGAUAAGGGAAACUGAUUUGUUUGAAUAUGAUUUGGAAGAUGACUAAUAGUUCUUACUUUCUUAGUAGAACGUUUAAGUGACUAUGUGUCCUUUAAAUGGGUAAGAGAAAGGUAGAGGUCCUUGUUCAGGAGAGCCAGACAAAGGUGUAAACAGACCUUGGAAGUGUAACUGAGCACUUCAUGUGAGCACUUCUAACGUUGCACAUUUUAGGGAUAGUCACCACACCAAACCACUUUAUAAAUCACAACUUUUGACAAGACUCGGUUGUAGGUAAGAUUUUCUGUAUGCAAAAGGUCCUGGGUUCAGUCUUUAGUAAUCUCCAGUUUAAAAGGAUCAGGUAGUAGUUUGUGUGAAAGCCCUCUGUCAGGGUCUAGGAUAGCUGCUGCCAGGCAAACUAGACAAUACUUUGCUAUAUGCGCAAGCAGCCUGACCUGGCAUAAGGCAGCUUACUAAUAAUUUUAGGCCCUCGCUCUGACCCAGGAGAUCUUCGCAUGCAUGAGUUCUGGUGCAGUUUCCAGCUCAGUUGUAAGGAUUUCACUAUCAACUGCUGUCGGGAGCAGCCCUGUUGCACAUCUUUGGUGCAGGCAUGGAGGUGCCACUAGAUGAGGGUGGUUGUUGUGCUCUAGCAGCUUUGAGUGCUCAUCAUGGUGUGGAAGGGGCCCUGCAUUGAGCUGACAUCCAUUCAGCAGAGAGCACACUGGUUUAAACUGCUGAUGCUAUCAAACCUUAUUCCUGCUGUCGGGAGCAGCCCUGCUGUAGCAAGCAAAUCACUGACUUUGUGCUUGUAAUAGUAUAUUCAUUCAGAAUGCUGAUCUGUUCUCGUAACAGCAAGCUUUGACAUGUUCCAGUGUCUGCUGUUUAAUUAAUACAGGGUUGUUCAGAGAAAGGGCUGUGGGGGAAAGCUUUGGUAAGAACUUGAGGUAUUUCUUCUCCAACUCUUACUUCCCAAGUUUCUUGUUGGAAGCAUUUUCCAUUGUGUAUGACCACUUUCUUUUCCAUUGUUCUAGUGGGGUAUUUCAUGACACCACAUUUAGGUUUAUGUAGGACUACUUUCUAGAAAAAGAGGUGUCGGAACUUGUUAACCUUUUUUGAGAGGGAGCACCCAAAUUUCAACUUUCACCACCCACCUCUGCCACCGCAAUCGCUCUGCCACCUCCCGCCUCUGCAGCGCAACAAAGAGAUGCCGGAACUCAGUUCCCGUGAGUUCUGGCUGGGGGAAAAAACUUUUCCUUGAAGGCUUGUUCAUUCAUUCAUGCUACAAUGUAUAGUACCCAGUAAUUUUAAAACAUGGGCAAUUUUUGAGUUACUCAAAAUGCAAGCCAUUGGAUUUCCUUAUGUUUCUGCAUUAAAAAAUGGAUGCACAUUUACAUGCAAAAGAAUUUCUAAACACUUAAAUGGUUCAAAAGAUCCCAUGUCCCACAGAUGAAACAGAAUUGGAAUGUAAUCCUUCAGAUUUUGUGUUUCUCCAAAACCUAGGAUAUAGUCCUCUGCUCAGAAAAAGUACCAAAAUAAAAUUUAAACACAUGUUUUAAAAAGAAAUGCAUUUAGAAAUGCACAUAUUUUGAUAAAAUAAAUACUUAAAAAUGAAUUUUCAUUCAGAUAUUUUUCACAGAUUAAUACCAGAAACAGGAUGGGGCAGAAUUAUUUAAUUUGCCAGAUUUCUAUACUGCUCAAUCAAAAAUAAUAAUAAAAAAUAAACUCCAAGUGGUUUGCAUAAAAAUGAACUAUUUUACAAACAUAUGAUAUUGAUACAGACUGGAAAUGGACUGAUCUGUCCAUCCCUACCGAGCAGCUUAUAUGAUCCCAAUAUGUGAAUAUGACCUUGCAUUUGCAUUUCUGUCUGUUAGUUCAUCCAGCUGAGGAUUUGUGGAUGCUUCCUUGGUUUGGAAUUGCAGAUGGCUGAAUGUUCUGCUUGGUAAAUUCGUCUCUUACAUUUUGGGAAAGAAAAAGCACAGUGUCUCAGCUGUCUUUUGGGAGACUGCAUUGGACAUUUAUGAUGCUUUGUGUUUGAAGUCAAUAUUUUGUCAAGUUGUGACGAUCUUUUAUUGACUUGAGCAAAUAAAAUUCAUUCUUGCAUAUGGAUCGUAGGAAGAAACAGCACUUUCCCAGAUAUGUCUGUGUGAUAUACAUAAUGAAUACUUAUAGAUAGAGGAAAUUUGGCUAAUUUGGUUUUUCUGCACAUUUUAGACAGUUGAUUCUUUAUAAAAUGGGAUGACUUUUGUAGUGUCUUGAAUUACCCACACAAAACAUGCAUUUUAUAAAGAUGUUCAGAACCAGCAAAGCUUGAAAUACCCCCAAAACUCCCAACCCUAUCUCAUAAACUUUAGCCAUAAAAAAUAUUAUAUCGGCCAGAGCUAUGAAAGGUGCCUAUGCAUUGACAAUGAGAAUGUACACACUUGUACAGGACUGCAGACAUACGCUUUAGUCAGUAGAUAGGAGUUCUGAGGCACAUUUAGACAAAGGGAAACUAGCUUACUGAUUGCAGGAGGAAAGCUUGUUGGUUGUUGCCAUCCAUCUGUCUCAGGAGACAAUGGAGGAGUGCACCUUUAGGGAUGAAGUCAAACCAUUGGGAGAGUUACAGGGCCUGCCUGCCAUAGCUAUAGAGACCAAUAUGGGAGAGGCAUGUUUUUUGCAGCUGGGGCAGAUGAAGGCAUCUGGUUGUGCUGCUGCAGAUGCACUAUGGCAUUUCUUCUCUCUGCACUCAUCCCAGUGGUCAUUACUUCUCUAGUCACUGCUGUAGAUACCCAACCUGUCUCCAGGCACUAUGGUUUUCUGUAAGUGAUCCCCACACAGCAGGGUUGAUGUUCUCAGUCUUCAUGUCUUGUUUGCAGACAAGUACACACAGUUUUCAGUUGAGCUGAAGGUAUAGGAAAGCACAAGGGAGAAGAAUAUGCCAAAGAGAGUUGGGGUGAGCACACAGCGCUGUUUCACACUGCUUUUAAUAGGGAAGUUGUCUGAGCAUGAGCCAUCACACUGGGUGGUGCUGAGCAUGUUCUUGUGGAAUUGCAUAGUAAUCUUGUGGAGCUUAGGUGGGCAUCCUGUCUUGUUGAUCACUAUAUAGUCCUUUUUGGCAAAAUACUAAUACUAAUUCUAUUACUAAUACUAAUAUUACUACUACUACUAAUAAUAAUAAAUGGCUUACCUCCAGGCAAAAGUGAAUGGAUUUUAGGCGUGGGCACAGCAAAGAAGAGACAAAACUUGGAGCAGCUCAAGAGCAAUGUUGACAUCAUUAGUGUGGGAUGGCAUGGCAUAGAAUGGUGUAUUGUCAUUCCUUCCAGGAGCUGAGAACAGUAUUAGCUUUACAACAGCCCUGAGGAAUGAUGCGCGUGGGCUAGGCUGAGCAAUUGGCAUGCUCCAGGCAAGGGUGAUCUUUGCAGGCAAGUGGGAAUUUGAACUUGAAAUUCCCACAUCCAUACAUUCCUGCCAGUUGGCCACCUGGCUGGUAAACACUUCACAUGGCAAGUCUCUCUCUGGUUCAUAACCAUGCCUCCCUUGGAAUGCUUGGAAUACAAAUUCUUUGUACGUUGGGGAAUUAUGGCCACACACACUGGCAUGGGUCCAUUGUGUGCCUGCAGAUCCGUAUUUCCUUCUUGAAAUAUUACUGUACUCAUCAGUGGGCCUAGUAUGAUGAAGCUUGUCUGUCAUUUAAGGUUAGAAUUGUCCCAUUCUGGCAUACACGUUAUAUAUGAAGCUGAACAAGAUGGUAAUUCUUAACACACUUUCACACAAAUGCACUAUUGAAAUAAUCCCAACAGGUUGGUUACCAUGUACUUCUAGCAGUUUCUAUUUAACACUUUACUUGAAUGUUUUUUUAUUCCCUCUUUACCUCCCCCCCCCUUGCUGUGGCAGUUUGUGCAAGGUGAUAAAAUGGUUUCUUUAUAUGAAUCUUCAGCUUACUGCUUCUGCUUUUGGCAAGAUGUCUUAAAAACAAUCAUCUCUAAAUCCAGCCAGGGAACAAGCAGUGGAAUGGAAACAACUUUUGAACACUGGAAUAUUCAUUCACUGGAUACAGUAGCUUGAUCAGCAGUGUACGCCGCCAGUUAAUGUGUUUUUUCACCUGUUUAAAUGUUAGCCUAGUUUCCACUUGACUGAAGGCUCAGCUUGAAGCUCUGUGUGUGGUCUGCUUAGAGACUCAUUGAAAUCCCUACAAAUUGGAGGUGGGAAAACAGCAACAUAUGAAGAGUUCUUGCUUCAUGUCAAUGUAAAUAUUAUCUUCCGGUAGUCCUGGGUUGGUUGGUGACAGUUCUGCCUAUUGCAGGUUUUUGGGUGGUCAGCUAAAAUUCUAACUUGCCUUGUAUGUAAAUAAUUCCGUUCAUUUGAAAAUGUGGUUCCUGUUUAUGUUUGGUCAGGGAAAAGGUUACAACCUGAAGCAUGUCUUCUCUGAAAUUUCUCUAAUGUAAGAAUUCAUGGCUUUGGGAUAUGCAAAAAAUAAUAAUCAUAUUCUUCUGUCCUACAUUUUGAAGGAAGGAAAAUGGCAAUGAGUACUUUCAUGAUGUUGCACACGCAACUGCAUCCUAAGCUCCAUCUUGAUUUGAGAGUAGACUUUUGAAGAACAAUUCGUGAUGUAGUGGUUUGAGCGAAAUUCUCAUUUCAAAUGUUGCCUCCACUGAAUGUAAGGUAGCUUUAGGCAAGUUGUAAGCAUGGCUGAGAAUGAAGCUUCACACUGCAGACGGUUGGCACACUUAUUCCUCAUUUCACUGUUCCCCAUUACUUGUUACCAAAACUUUAUUUAUCUGGACCACAGCUGUCAAAUAUUCCACAGAGGAGGGGAAUAGCUAUUGAGAGUGGGAGUUUAGGUAGCUUACAAUAGACCCUGAUUAAACCAUCUGUAAAAGGGCACAGCCAGAACGGCUUGUCAGCCAGGCUCUGCCACUUGUCUUCUGGUGCUGUGCUUGUAAUAAUAUUAGCAUUUCAAAAGGGGAAUUACCAUAACCCCCAGGUUCUAAGAGGUAGAUGGUUUGCCUCCUAAUUGAAAAGCUGCUUUGUAGCUAUUCUACUCCUGAUUGACAUGCAUAGCAGAUAAUAAAAGUGAGACUUGGAGAGGCUUUAAAAGUGAAGGUUGUCACAAACCUUAACAUUUCAAGGGUCUACAAAUGGCACUACUUCUAUCCUUUUUAACGGGUCUGAGGGAUUUUAACAGUAGUUCAUGUAACUACAGGAAUGAUCUGCUAUAGAGGAUCAUUGGAGAGACUGAGAAAAACUAAUCAUAAUCACAGUGUUCUAAAGAAUAUUAAGUGUGCUCUUCCUUUGCCUUUAUUUUCUAUUAUUUGGAUUAUAUUUAUAAUACACUGAAAUAAUGGAUGUUUUCUAUAUAUUGAAAAAAAAUUCUAAAAACUUCACAACGAAGUCUUUUGCUUUCAUGACAAUACUUGGUACUGUUAAGAGCACCAUUAAAUAGAAGAAGAGUUUCCAAUAACUAUUUUAAAGGAGAUUCAGGUAGAGCAUAAGGUCACAACUUUCGAGGAGUUGGAGAUGGUGUUUAUAAGUGGUCCAUGUUUCACAAGCGUACAGUAAGGUUGUAGUACAAUACACCAUGAUGAUCUCAUGCCCAGAAACCUAUGUCCCCACUGUGGAAGGACGUGUGGAUCCAGAAUGGGCCUCCACAGUCACAUACGGACUCACUGUUAAGACAGUGUUCAUGGAAGACACUUGGCUACGAGUGAUCACCGAAGACGAAGAAGAAGAAGGUCACAACUAUUAAAAUAGACCUGUUCUUAAGAAUUGGGCUUUCAUUAAGAGUAACAAACUCUUCUCCCUUAGAUUGGCUUGCAUUUAUCUUGCUUUCAGACAAAUUCCAGAUGUACAUGGAUGUUAAGAUUUAUUUGCAUAUUCCAUGUUAUCACUUGCUCAAAUUGAUGGAUUCUAAGGAUGCUAUAAUAAACUCGCUUAUAAAAAUUAUAAAAUGAUCCAGUAAUAAAAUGUUCCCAAAUAAUAAACACAAAAUAAGCCAAAUGUUAAAUGUAGUUUAAUACAAUAAAAUACUCCUAGCAUUAAUUUUUAAAUUACUCCUAAUUAAAGAUUCCUAAUCUGUAAAAAAGGGCUCGGACCAUUCUAGCAUUGCAUAGUGUUGGGAUACCACCAAGAAGUCCCUUCUGUGUAUUUAAGGAAGCCACUGCUACCUCAUUUCAAAAGAGCAAUUAUAAAUAAUAAAUUCUCUAUUUUAGUAGUCUGGAUUCAUAUGGAGAAAUGGGAAUUUCCUGUGCUCACAGGUUUUAUGAGGAGAAGAAGGAACCCCAGUCUCUAGCUAUGUUUAGUUUGGACUGACUUAAACCACCUUUCCAAAAUAUCUGAGCUACAGUACACAGCAGACCAUAGCAUUAUUUCCAACACUUAUAAAGAAACUUCCCCAGAGUCAUACCAGUGAAUCUGAGUCACUCUGUUGUGCUCUGGUUUUUUUCAAAUGGGUUGGUUUAAUUGUGUAUAUCCUGUGCUCUGAUACAUGGGGGGUCAGAAAAGUAGGUUCUGAGAGGUGUGCAAUUUGUAAGGCCUUUGCUAAUGUACAUAUGUUGUACACAUGCAUGGACAAAGAAUGGUAGAGCUUCUAUUUCCUGUGAUCUCCAUGAUUCAUGUAGGUUUGACUAAACUUUCAUGUGGCAUUGAUUUUUAGGAGCCUAAAAUAACUAGCACAGAGAACCACACAUAGUCAAAUGCACUUUUUAUUUUAAAACAAUUUUCUAUAGCUCUUGUGGAUGUAGAGGGAGGAUGAAAUAUGAACUGCAUCUGUUUAAUAAACCAAAGAGAUUCAAACAUGGUCAAAUGAACUCUGAAAACCUAAUGCUCAAGAAUUUUUUCCAUUGGAGAAGAUGGAUUUCUAUGGAUGUUUAUGGCUAGUUAGAGCAAAUCAGGAUCAAUAAAACCAUGGCUUCGGAUCUUGGCUUUUGUUCUCAAAUGGUAGUUUUAAACAAUUUACAGUUCAGUGUGUGCAAGGUGUGCAAGGGUGUGUGCAGUGUGUGCAAGGUGAUCUACCAGGUUGUGUACACUGUUAUAUUGCAAGAUGCAGCAGUUUUGGCAUGUUUCAUCAUGUAAUGGAAUAGGUUAAGCUCUGGAGUUCAUAGGACUGGUCUUGGGACAUGAACCUAGAAAGAAACGCAGAAAACCUCUGUGUUUCUAUUGUGCCAACAGUCUAUGGGAUCCCUUAAUGAAUAAAUAUGAUCUAAAAUUGCUCCUGUGGAAUCCUGAGAAUCUGAGGUAUGAUUUAAGUUAGAAAAGCACCCAGUUCUUAUGCCUGCAAAGAGCAGCAUAAAAUAAAGUGUGAAGAAGUUCACUGAAUCUUAAAUAAGAAUGCUCUAAGUCAGAUAUCUAUUGAUUGGGGAAACUAUGAUUUAAUUUGAUGGAUCUGAGAGUUCAACAGUGCUUUGCAUCAUAAGGAAUCCAUUCAAAGCUCUGUCAAGACUAAAACUUCAGUAUAACCAUUACUCAUAAAUGUCAGAAGUUACACAAUGGUUGUAUAAACCUUCCAUUUCUACAGUGUCUCAGCAUCCAUCUGGUUUCUUAAAGUUCGUUUCUUGUGUCAUCUUGAGAAAUGGAACACAAUAUGCUUUGUCUUUUUGUUCAGUGGCUUAGCUCACUUUGGGGACAGGUUUCAGGGGGAAAUCACAGAUUUUGAGGAAGAUUUUCUGAUGUUAGUGUUGCAUAAAUUGGUAAUAUACAGUGGUACCUCAGGUUAAGAACUUAAUUCGUUCUGGAGGUCCGUUCUUAACCUGAAGCUGUUCUUAACCUGAAGCACCACUUUAGCUAAUGCCACCGCCACACAAUUUCUGUUCUCAUCCUGAAGCAAAGUUCUUAACCUGAGAUACUAUUUCUGGGUUAGCGGAGUCUGUAACCUGAAGCAUAUGUAACCUGAAGCGUCUGUAACCCAAGGUACCACUGUACCUUAAAAUGAUUUCAAAGUGGAAGGCGGGCGUGGGGGUUCUGUGCAGUCUGUUAUUGGGAAUGUACCUGCAUCCAGCCAUAGAGCAUUUGGGAAAUUUUUGAAACCCCCAUCCCCAGGUUGAGUUGGCGUCGAACACAUGGGGCAAGAAGGUUGAACCAGUGCUAUUUUGUUCAGUUUAUUUCUGACUGGCAUCUAGCAGAACCAGAAAGUGGCCUCUCUUUAAGAACUCUCUGAGGGGUUUUCCCCCUGAGAACUUUCUUCUUUGCACUUUCACUCUAUUUUGGUGAGUAGAGCACUUUCCGAGAAUUGUUACACUGUACUGUUGCAGCAAAACCCCUGAAUAUGACUGUCAUAAACUUGGCCUCAUUUGUCUUCGUGAAGGUUGUUGAGACCUGCAAACGUUGCCCAAGGCUUACAGAGAAAGCUAGGGAACCACAGGUGCAACAGUUCCCAUCCAUUAAUGUGCAAAUGUGCUUUGAAAGCUAUUUGACAUAAUAUUUCAGGGUGUGCACCCUUUAUUCGCCUCUCUGUCUGAGGGAUCCCAUGUCUAUUGGGGCUCCACCUGUGACUCAUCACUUCAUUCUGUUCUUUCAGCUGUCUCCAUGGAGAAAUUCCAUAUCUCCUCCAGCUUCUCCACUGAGCUUAUUCUCCUUCUGCUACCUCAUCAACUUAUUAGAUCACAACUUCAUUGUAAUCAUCAGCAUUUAAAUCUCUCACUUCUGAGUCUUCAGUUUCAGAGAUUGUGAUAUCCACUCCAACUUUCUUCAAGACCCCUUCAGUAGCUCGAGUCUUUGUUUGCCUUAUUAAAGGUAAAGUAAAGGGACCCCUGACCAUUAGGUCCAGUCGUGACCGACUCUGGGGUUCCAGCGCUCAUCUCGCUUUAUUGGCUGAGGGAGCCGGCAUACAACUUCCGGGUCAUGUGGCCAGCAUGACUAAGCCGCUUCUGGCGAACCAGAGCAGCGCAUGGAAAUGCCGUUUACCUUCCCGCCGGAGCGGUACCUAUUUAUCUAUUUACACUUUGACGUGCUUUCAAACUGCUAGGUUGGCAGGAGCAGGGACUGAGCAAUGGGAGCUCACCCCAUCGCGGGGAUUCGAACUGCCAACCUUCUGAUCAGCAAGCCCUAGGCUCUGUGGUGUAACCCACAGCGCCACCCGCGUCCCUUUGCCUUAUUAAGAGAACCAUUAAAACAUUUGGCUACCUAUCGCUUCUGGUUAGAGUUCUAUUUUAGUGAUGCUUAUCUUGCCUUGUGGGUGAUUGAAAUUGAAGCCUUCAUACUAUCUGUUAGUGACUUUUCAGCUUGUGUUUGACUUGGAACACUGAAGCUUUUAGGUGUCCUAGUAGUGGACACAAAUGUAUUAAUUGUGACAGAAGUACUUGGAGAGCCAGCAGACACUUAGUAUACAGACUGCAUACAAUGUUGGUUUUGUUGUUGGUUUUGUUCUGUUGAAGUAAAGCAGAUUAAUGAUAAAUGGCCUUUGUUUGCUUGCUUCUGGAAUGCUGUAAUGAAUUAUGCUAACCCUGGGAAUGGAUUGUCUUUUUCUAUGCAAUUUCCCCCUGUUACAUUUGUUGCUGUUUUUGUUAAAAAUAUAUUACAAAUUAGAAUAUAGAUUUGACAAGUUUAGUGUCACAAAAAUAAAGUACACCUUUUCCCCAGUGAAAUGUCUUGAAAACUAUGGAAUAUGUGUGUUUUUGAAGGUCUGUCAACAUAAGCAAACACACUCUAAAUCCAGUUCAUAAGUAAUACUUUUGCUGGUGUGUAAUAUUUUUAAAGCCCAAUUUUAUAUUAACACAGAAACCAAAUUAAGGCAGCUUAUGGGAUACAAAUAGUUACUACGUUCCAUAAUCAUCGGCUAAGAUUUGAUACACCAUUAUUUGACUCUUUAAAUUUCUCAAAGCGUUCUUAGGAACGUGGCCUACUGAUGAGAUGGUUUUAACUGCAAAGUUAGAGCACGCUACAGGACAUAGGGCAGGAUUAACCAAAUGAGUCCCAUCAGCGUGAACCCUCAAAAUUGGCUUGGGGAGGUGUCCAGAGAACCCCCAGAACAGUGUGCAGAGGGGGGAUCAUUCCAUCUGGGAAGCGCAAAUGCUUUUGCGAAUGGAGCAUUUGUCAUGGCACGGCAUUAAAGUCCACCUAAUAUUUUUAAUAGAAAGCUGUACUCUGGCAGGUUUCCUCCCUGGUUUGCUAAUCAUGGUAGAGGGUUAAUGAGGAUGCAGUAUUUCUAGUGUUGCCGCAUGUUAAUUAAGAAUUCAACUCUGCUGCUUGUGAAUCACCAGCUGGUGACUGCAUUGGUAUAAGACUGUAAUUAGUCUUUAUUUCUCUUUUGGGGAUCUUUUAUUAAAAAGCUUUGGGGAAGUCUGAAAUGACUGGGCAUAUUUUACACUGUAUAAGUGUUUGUGUCUAAUUACAUAAAUGCACAGCUAUGAUUACACAGACAAAUCCCUUCUUUUGAGCGUGCUCUCAUUUAUCAACAUUAGCUUACAAAAGUAGACUCUUCUUCAAAAUACAGGCUUGACAGGGAAACAGUAAUUUCCCAAUAAUGAUUUGAUAUGAAGAAACCAGGAGCAACAAACGUUGAAGUUUUUUCUGCUGUGAAUUCAGUAAAGUUCAUAGUGAAAUAAACGAUUGGGUGGGAGUAAGAAGUACACUAAAAUGUUCAUUUUAAAAAUCUUGUACUGUGUUCCUAUUGCAUUAUACAUUACAUCUUACGUGGUAUAGAGACAGGUUUUUUAACAGCCAUCAACAUAGUCUGAGCUUGAUGUCAGCUGCAACCCCCAACUAUUGUGGCAGAUUUUGAGAGAAGCUCCUUCUGGAACUUGCCCUUCUCUUGACAUAACCAUCUGCUCUCAUGCUGAAGAUGCCUGAUCUUCAACACUACAAAGACAAAAUAUGAAGAUGUCUAGUCAGUAAAAGUCCAUAUUGUUCAAGGUCUGGGCUGUUGAACUUGCAUUCCUGUGCUGAACUUCAGCUUCAGCUAACAUUUUACAUAUUGUGGGAAAUGAAAUGAGAGCUCACUAAUUUAUAACAGAUGCUUUUGAACACGGCGUGGCAUCAUCUAUUUUCUACACCCCAGUACCAAGUUACCUUGAUGAGCACAUUUACAAGGGAAAUAAUGAGAAAAGCCGAGACAGAAGACCAGUGCAUGUAUCUUUUAUUUAUUUGAGGCUGUUGUUUCUGCACUUCUGGAAGAGUGAAAGAUCUGACACUCAUAAAGUAAUCUAUUCAUGAAUAAUUAUUGCAUGUUUUUAUAGACCUAGUCCCGCCCCCCCCGCCCCCGCUCCCAAAAGUAAUCAGUAGUGCAAUUGUACCAUUGUGUGAAUGGAUUAUCCACAGUCAGAGUCAUCAGUGCUUCUGAAUACCAGUUGCUGGAAGCCACAGGAAGAGACAGUGCUCUUGUUUGGCUCCUGCUUGCCAGUUUCCCACAGGUAUCUGGUCGACCACUGAGAACAGGAAGCUGGACUAGAUGGGCCAUUGGCCUGAUCCAGCAGGCUUUUUUGUUCUUAUCCCAGUGCUUUUCUAAGUUAAAUUGUUUUUCCAAGUCCUUAAACUGAAAAGUUGUAAUUGGAACAAAUGAUUUGAUUUGAUUUAUUAUAUCUCUAUGCCGCUUUUCAUUCAAAUGAAUCCCAAAACCGUUUGCAAACAAUAAAUAAAAAUAACAUGAUGGAACAUAAUAGAACCUCACAAAUAGUGCAUAAUUUGUUGUUGUUGGCAUCCAUCGUUGUCUCGGGAGACAAUGGAGGAGUGCACUUUUGGGGCUGAAGUCAAAAGAACAUAAUGGAACAUCACAAAUGCAUCAUACAUAAUAUUGGAUAAUUAACAAAUAAUCAGUAAAACAGUUACAAUUUGUAAAACACUGUUAACAAAACAACUAAAAAAAAGCUAAAAAUCACCAUUAAAGCAAAAGGCAUAUUAUAUGAUUAGCAAAACAAUACAACAUUUAUCAUACAUAAAACAAAAUAAACAACAUCAGUUCAUACAUACUCUCUCCACACGCUCAUGACUCAUAUUCUUUCACUCUAUACAGCUCAUUAAAAUACACAGUCUUACAAUGCCUGUGGCAGCAACUCACUUGGGCUGAAGGUGGGGCAGAACAGGUGAGACCAACCACCCUCUGAUGGCAAACAGGUCUCUCUCCCUCGCCCCUCCCCUUCUCCUCACAGUUCUUCUUCUGGAAACAGUUCCCUUAUGAAGGCUUCUACGGCUGGGGUGGGAGGGGGGGCGGGUGAGGCAAGGCAGGUGGAAAAAGCCAUUACCUGCUGGCCAACACAGAGUCUUUCUCCCCUCACAUUGGAAUUAAAAUAGGUUGAGAUUAUGGCUGUGAUGAUCAGAAGCAACUGAAGGACCUUUAGGGAUGCUGCCUGGCUUUUCAGCUGCCAAUCUAGAAGCAACAGAAUAUGGUGCCUGUGGCAGUGGCAGAGUGCUAGUGGGGGAGUUGAGGUGCUCAGUCAGCAUCCAUUGCAUAUGUUCCUCUCAUCUGCCAUGAGCAAAAAACGGACCCUGAUUAUUAUGCAGCAUUUUUCAUUAACAGUUGAAAUUCAGAAAAUAUUUGUGCUAUAUGUCUCAGUAGCACUUAUAAGAAUUAAGCUGGUAGAGGGAGGGCAUCCGGUUUAUUUCCUGUUGUUUCCUGCUUCUUUUCUUGCUCUCUCCCCUUGUUCAGUUUGUUAUCAUAACUGCUCUUUCCUCUUCCUUUUCAGUCUGUCCACAGCCACCCGAGCCUGAGAAUGGAGGCUACAUAUGCCACCCGUCCCCCUGCAAAGAGCCAUUGACAUCUGACAGUGUCAUAGAGUAUUUAUGUGAGGAAGGCUAUCUGCUGAAGGGAGACUACAAAUAUUUGACUUGCAAGAAUGGAAAGUGGAACCCAGACAUGGAAGUUACCUGUAGGCUCAGCCAAGGUCAGUAAUGCUCCACUGUAAAUAUACUCACUCCCAUUUUGUGGAAUGCCUUUCAAGUACUAGCACAUAAAUCAGCACCUGUCUAGACCUCAGAAAAUGCAUUGGGUUAACCUUAUUAUCUAAGGUCACAUUGCCACUGCAAACUUGUAAUCAUGUCUUUCUUGAAGUGUAAGUUGCUGUGUGAGAGACAAUUCUGCCAAAAAUCUCUAGCCCAUUCCUACCCAAAUUCACGACAUUCUCACACACCAGUUUUGGUUGGUAAAAAGGUUUCAUGCAUAACUCUGAAUGAUUCCCCUUGAUCUUCUUUUAAAAUAGCAAGCUUAUGGUUUAAGAGCAGCCCUGUAGAGGUUGUUUGAUUUCAGAUCCCAUCAGCUUCAGUGGACCUGGUCAAGUUGAGGGAGAGGGGUCUAAUUUGGAUACUGCUUGAUUGUACCCUGCUGCAGCACAGAAUGUUCUCUCUGCCUAGUCCUGCCUGUCUCAAAAAUAAAAGAACUUUCCCAAAGUAACUUGACAGUUGUGUCUUGCAAGGUUUUUACCAGUUGGAUAGGAAUUCCUUUCCCAUGACAGAAAGCCAAGAAGUCGGCAGGAAAAUGUUUGUCAUUUAAUUGACCAUGAGGUAUUGGAGCAGAGAGAGAGAGAGAGAGGAGAGUGUGUAAUUGAAUAAAAUGUUGUGGAAAGGAGAAAUUCCCUGCAAGCUGGAUGAUGUGCUGAAAAUCAUGCAUGUUUUUAAAGAUUGUUGGGGUGAGUGGAGGAAGGAUUGGUGCUUUCUGCACAACAGGAAGACAGGCUAUUAAACAGAUAAGAUGCAGCAGUCUCACAGUUCACCAAUAUGCUCGAUGAGAUGUUGACUUAGUCAUCCAGACAUAAAUAAGGAGAAAAUUUCAACUCCUUGUUCCCUUGAUAUAAAAUGCAAUUCAGAUGAGAGGUAGGGGUAGGUGGGUGCUAGCUAGUAGGGUUAGCUUGCAUUCAUGUAACCAAAUAGCCUUAACACUUGAAAGGGGCAUUGGCUUUCAAAUGGUUAAGGUAGCUUGGGAAUUGUGUUGGAGUAAGUGUCACUUGACAACCCAAUGAAUGCAUUUGGGACAGGUCUCUCCCCAGGACAAUUCCACAUGGUAUUGACUUGAGGACAAAGCUGGCCUUGUGAAGACCAGAGCACCCUUAUAAUCCUACUUUCUAUCCUAGCCCAGUUUAUUAGGACUCAUUUGGUGAUGGGAAACAGCUGCUUCAUAAGAAGAAACCAUUAAAAAACAACUUUUUCUUUUGCUCUACAGAUAAAGGUUCACCUCCAAGUGUAGGAGUGCCCACCCUGUCCAUAGUGGCUUCCACAGCAAGCUCUGUAGCUCUCAUCCUCCUCUUAGUUGUGUUGUUUGUUUUGCUGCAGCCAAAGCUGAAGUCCUUUCAUCACAGCAGGUGAGCUUCUGGGAGCUGGUGGAGAUGACCUGUAACUAGAGGGCAGAUGUUUGUGCAUGCAGAUGCUUAGAGAAGAGAAAUGGUGUCUCUCUCGUUGCUGCUGUUGUCCUGCCUACAACCAUGCUUAUUGCCUGCUCCUUUUUUAUUAUUCUUUUUGUGUUAUUUUCACUCUUGUGGAUUUCUUCUCUAGGUUGAGUUCUAGUAGGCAGAGUAUCUGCAUUCUUUGGCAAAAAGUUGCUAUCAGGCUGCUGAUCCUCCUGCAAGUCUGCACAACUAAGACUGAUCACUAAGCUUAAUGCAGUCUAGCAGCUCCAUGUUGCGACCUGCAAAGGCUUGAUAAGCCUCUUGUUCUUAUUGCCUCCAGGGGAUUGUAGAAAAGGGGGCGGGGGCUGUGAAGACUGCAUUGGGCUUGAUGGUUCUCAAGUUGUGCAGGCCUCUAAUGACUGCAGUCUCAUAAGCUGUAGAGAAGAUUUAGCCUUGGUAGUUCCUUGGGAAGCAUUCCUUAGGCCCAGCUUUUACUGAUGAUUUUUGGCAGAGGUCCAAAACAGCCUGCUAAAAGCUGUGGCUGCCAAGAUCCUACAAUUUCCCUUGCUGGUUUGGCCACUGCAUGGCCCAAAGAGCCUUCUCACCCUUACCUGCAGGAAAAGGGAGAGUGGGGGGCUUGCAGACUUGACCUUUGUGCAGCUGAGGUGCUCUUGGCACUUCAGUUACACAGUAGCUAAACAACCCCUAUCCAGCCUCCCACUUUUGGAGCUGUGGGGAGGGAUUGCAGUGCAACUAUGUCCACCACCAUAGUUCAAAGGUUGGGGGCUGCUCAUGCUCACCUGAUGGUGGCGAUGCACUUGCUGAGUGGAAGCUUUGCUUUGGUCUUCACUUAGAGGGAUAGGGGAGGGCUUAGUAUAGAGGGUUAGUGAGCCUUCCAAGUCUCUGCUGCAGAGGCUGUUAAAUGGCAGCAGUUAAGUAGCUAUUGCUGUAAUACAGGCAUUAGUAUGUGGGUUCUGGGUCAUAUAGAAUCAUAGAAUUGUAGAGUCAGAAGGGACUCUGAGGAUCAUCUAGUCCAACCCCCUGCAAUGCAGGAAUAUGCAGUUGCACCAUACAGGGAUUGAACUUGCAACCUUGACAUUAUCAGCACCAUGCUCUAACCAACUGAACUAUCCAGGCUUAUUCACACAGAGCAUAUUUUGCAGCGAGGUAGAAGAAAGGCAUGUUUUUUUGAGAGAGAAGGGACUUUCCAUCUUACUAGUUUUUAUAUUGGAGCAAACAGCGAGCUUCACAGAUGCAGAAUGAGGCAUAAUUUUCCUUUCUAAGCCCAGUAUCUGAAGUAGCAGGAGGCUUGGUGGUUGGGGAGAGAAAGUCUGCCUCUUAACAAGAUAAUGAACUCAGGGCAGCAAUCACACAACACAGAAAUUAUUCAUUGAGGAGAGCGCCAGAAACAUCUGUGGUGCUCUUUUGCAAUGUAUGUAGGCGAUGAGGCCCACAGUAACAGGCACUGCUUUGUUGCUUCAUGGCUAAUUUCUGCGGCAGUCCUGUCUGCUGUUCUGCUUUUACACUCUCCAAUUUUGCAUGGAAACAGAUCUGAAGCUUAGUCUCAAACCAUAUAGACAUGUUGUCUUUCCUAUACCACUCUCUUGGAUAAUGGACACCCCCUUCCCCCAAAAGAAGAAAACAUAUGUGCAUUCUUUUUUAAGGUGUGUUGUUCUUUGCAGCAGCAGCUGUGAAAUGGAACACCCAUUUUAGGGGGCGGGCAAACAGAGACCAAUAAUACUUGUCCAUUUCACAGUUGUAAAACUGAGCAAAAGCCUAUUUCACAGUAGGGAGAGUGGUGAUGUUAGUUGUUUCUCUAUUAAAGGUAAAGUGUAAAGGGACCCCUGACCAUUAGGUCCAGUCGCGGACGACUCUGGGGUUGCGGCACUCAUCUCCCUUUACUGGCCAAGAGAGCCCGUGUACAGCUUCCGGGUCAUGUGGCCAGCAUGACUAAGCCACUUCUGGCAAACCAGAGCAGUGCACGGAAAUGCCGUUUACCUUCCCGCCGGAGUGGUACCUAUUUAUCUACUUGCACUUUGACAUGCUUUUGAACUGCUAGGUCGGCAGGAGCAGGGACCGAGCAAUGGGAGCUCACCCUGUCAUGGGGAUUCGAAAUGCCGACCUACCGAUCGGCAAACCCUAGGCUCAGUGGUUUAGACCGCAGUGCAACCCGCGUCCCUGCUGCUAUCAAUUCCAUUGUCUCAGAAGCUGAAGCUCUUGCUUGAAUUGGACAUUCAAAAUCUUACUCAGUUCUGGAGACUUGAUGAGGGUUUGUUAAAACAAACACACACGUAUGUGGUGGGAGGAACCCCAGACAUUUCCCUGGAAAUGCUGAGAAUUUCCCCUCCUGCUAUGUUCUGACACAUGCUGUUCUUAGUCACAUUAUUCCCAGUCAGUCCAGCUGUUCUUAACCUGGAUAUAGGGUUCAGUGCCUAAGCAUUCCUGGUUGAGGAGUCUCAUUGAGCAGUUAAUUCUCCUGACAGACAACUUUUGCUGCUGUGUGGACCAUUUCUCUGGCUUCGGAGGCAGAGAGCUGUUCCACAGAAGCCCAGCAAUAUUGCGAUACCAGCCCAGGAAGUUAAAUGCCAUAAUUUUUUUUUAUCAGGGCGCAGAUUCCAGAGCUGUGGCUCCUCUCCUUGAUUAUGGGGUUAUGGUAUAGGGUGUUUGCUAAUAGUUAAUAAAUUCACCUCAGUUUUCUGUCUGUUGCUUAACACUCAUAUGAUACCGUUUGCUGAUGAGGUGUAUUGUCCCACCAUGUCCCACCACUCUUCAGCAGCUUCUAUAGUCAUUUGUGUCCAAUAUUUCAUGUGUGUGAGUCUUAGUCCCCCCUCCCUCAGUGUAUAACUUACAGAGUUAGUAUCGCCCAGUGCUCAGUUAUGAACUGGGAGUGUCCAAGUUCAAAUCUCAGUUCAGCCAUGAACACACAGGGUGGUCUUAACAUUGUUCCUUAGUCUCUUCCCUGCCCAUCUGCAAUGCACAGAGGGAUGGUCGUAUUGCCUGCCUUACAUGCUUGUAAGGGCUGAGGUGUAAAGAGCUUAGAAACCUUAAGUGUAUUUCCUUUUUCAACCCAAAAGGGAAGCAUGGAGUUUGGCUGCCACAUGGCUGGUGUGCCCUGGGUGCCAUGACAGGCUAGGAAGCUCCUUGUUUCCUUUUCCUGCUCCAGCAUUCCAGUUGCUAAAUUGUCCCCAGCUUUCCUCCCAGGCUAGGAGCUGGGAUGGGGAUUAGAUUGCCAAACAGUUGCUGGGAUGAACCCUGCCCACCCACCCCCCGCACCUCCAAGGCCAGGAAUCAUGCUUCUUGCUUGCCAUUGCCAGUGAAAGUGUUGAAGUCCAGUUAUGCUGGCUGAUUUCAAGUAUAAAGUGUAAUGAAACAGCAUGUCAAGAAGAACUGAAUCUAGGAGUUCUGCAGAUACAGUAUUGCACAAAUGCUUUUGUAUUCUUGGGCAUCACAGACCAUAAUGUGGAUUCUUUCUCUAAAAUUCUAAUGCAGGCGUGAUCAAGGUGUUUCUGGGGACCAGGUUUCCAUCGUGGUGGAUGGAGUCCAGGUGGCACUGCCAUCCUAUGAAGAAGCUGUCUAUGGCAGUGCUGGGAACUGCAUACCUCCUUCGGAUUCACGGGUACAGAUUGUCCUUUCAGAGGGAGCUGGGCAAAGUGGAGCGAGGGAGAUGCAGCAGCCACCAGACCAAGUGGGUCACAACUGCUUUGCUGGGGAGGAUGAAAUCCCUGGACGUUCUGGACUGUGUGAAGCUAGCAGCUCUCACCACUCGGAGGCUGUUCUAGUUCAUCAGGCGACCACCUCCUCUUGGGUUGCUGGUGCAUCUUGUAGCAGACCUGGGCACAAAGAAGCUCCAGACUCAGAAAGCAGUGAUGUACAAAGCCUUCUAUCACUUGCUUCCUCAGAGGAGUACACGGAUGGUAAGCAAACUGAAAAAUAAGUCUUUCACCUAAACUCCUGCUAAUUGGAAUUUUAAAAGUUCAUAUAUCCUAGUGUUUCCAAAGUGCCUUUCACCUUACAGUGGAACAUUUACAAGGAGAAAUACUUUAUUAAAAGUACUAGGAUCCUCCUCCCUUCUCUUCCCCCUUUCUCCAACGCACAAUCCCUAACAGCGUUCUGGUAUAAGUCAUUCAGUAAUGGACUGAGUAAUGAUGUUGCUUCUGGUGUGGAUCUACAAUGGUGGCUAUUCAUUGGACAUAAAAACUGGCAAUCACAAUUGUACUGCACAUUCUGGGGGGGGAACCCCCUACACAUUACAGUUUUUUUCUUUGUGAGUGGAAAGAAGUGGAUCAUAGCUGCUAACUAGCAGCACCUAGACUGGUGACUGGGAGUGGCCGCUGGGACCAUUUAACCCCGGUCCUAAAGGAUCUUCAUUGCAGAGGCAGAGCUAGCUGGUCUGGCACCUGGAGUGGCAUGCACUGGGGGGGGGCUAGUGUCCCGGGGGCGGGGCAAGCGUCCCAGGGAGACGCCGCCCACGGUGAGCAUCCCGGGGGGUGCGCCGCCCACCGCAAGCAUCCCGGGGGGCGGGGCAGCAAUGCUACGCGCCCCUCAGGGAUGACACCCGGGGCGGGCUGCACCCAUCUUGCUCUGCCUCUGCUUCAUUGGUUCCCAGUGUGUUUCCAAGCACAAUUCAAAGUGUUGGUGCUGACCUUUAAAGUCUUAAACAGCCUCGGCCCAGUAUACCUGAAGGAGCAUCUCCUUCCUCAUCAUUCAGCCUGGACACUGAGGUCCACCUCCAAGGGUCUUCUGCUAGUUUCUUCACUGUGAGAAGCGAGGUUACAGGGAACCAGGCAAGAGGGCCUUCUCGGUAGCGGAGCCCUCCCUGUAGAAUGCCCUCCCAUCAGAUGUCAAGGAAAUAAACAACUAUCUGACUUUUAGAAGACAUCUGAAGGCAGCCCUGUAUCAGGAAGUUUUUAAUGUUUGAUGUUUUAGUAUGUUCUGAUGUAUGCUGUGAGCUGCCCAGAGUGGCUGGGAAAACCCAGCCAGAUUUGCGGGGUAUAAAUAAUAACUUUAAAUAAAUAAAUAAAUAAAUAUCAAAAACUUGUGCCCACCAGAUAGCCUUCUAUGAGACCCAAUUUUUGCUUCCCAUCACAAAUAAAAUUGUCCGUGUUUGAAACAAGCCAAGAACAACAACAAAAGCACAUCCUUAUCUUGUAAUCUGAAUAAACUCUACCAAAUUAGUAAAGUUCUAAAUGUGCAUAAUUAGUUCCAGCUGCUGAACUCCGGACUUUGUAUUUUCAUGAGGAUGACAGAAAGUGCAGGAUGUUGUGUGUGGAGGGGAAGAGAGAAGUUGAUCCUUUCUGCUGUGAUUAUUUUGCAGUCCUUUGACACCUGCUGAAGAAAGCAGCUUUAGUCAGUAAGCCUUAGUCUCUCAUCCCAAGAAAAUCCUCAAUAGUUAAGAGACUUUGGGGCUUUGCUAGGGGAAAGUCCUUGAAGAAGCAUGACUGACAAGGGUUUUAAAGGGUGGCUCAUUUUUAUAGAAGCUUGACAUGGUCAAAUAAGAACUUGAUAAACGGAAAGGGCUCUAUGGACAGCCGAGACUUAUAUCAAGACUGUGCUGUGUGGUAUUUCAGAUAUGGAACGUAAACACAAAAGAUUGUUUAACUUGUCUUUUUUUCUCUCUUCCUCUCUCCCAAUCCAGAUAUUCCAUUGUUGAAAGAAGCAUGAGGCUUGCUGCGUUUGUCUAGCCUUUUCUCUCCAUUUUCCUUCUUCCGGGAUGGUGAGCACUCCUCGCAGACUUUCCCCGCCUUCAUGCGCUGUGCCCUGAAUACCUCCAGACACAUACCCCAUAGCUGAAGAUCCAAAGGAUGCCGCCAGGAUGCCUCCUCGAUGCAUCAGUGGGGUGUACAGGGUGCCAGCCAUUCCUCCCCACAUUUUAUCUACAUUAAGGGGGGGCUUCAGUGACAUCAGUGGACUUAAGCUCCUCAUACCUCUCCCCUACCCCACCAAAUGUUUGAGUGUGGUCCCUGGAGAGCUGCUAUUUACUUGUGCCUUGCUCCUUCUCACACUGGCUUGUUGCAGCUUCUCGUGGGCUUUACUAGCUUCUGGAUUUCUGCUCAGAAAGCAGGGCCAAAAAACAACAACUAAGCUUGCUUUUCUGGGUGCAAAGAGUUUCCUUCCAUUUAUUCACUGUCUUAUGAAGGCAAGUCAGAACACCUCUGGAUGGGCUGUGAGGAGGGGUGGGUCAGAGUCCAGUUGUAGUGACAUACACAUACUGUUGCCCUCAACAUAGACUACUUAACGUAGCUGCACUUGAACUUGGGCAGUGUUGGCUAUGUUAAAGGCCACUGCAACUUGCCGACCUUUUUUCUUUUUUCUUUUAAAGAAAAACAAGAUCAUUAAUGGCAAGCUUAGGCUGCCACUUGCUUUUCUUUGUUUCCCAAAGAGAGGGAGAAAGCGAACACUUGCUGGGGUGAAAUGUCUGUACCUCUGCAAGCUUCCAUUUAAACAAAACAAAACUGUCCCCCCUCUAUCUUGGUUCAUCAAAGACGAUUCUCUAAACUUGGUGUGAGCUGAAGUCUAGGGUUGUCUUGAGACAAACAGCUUAGAGCAAUUCAAUCUAUGACCAGAUUUAAGAGCACUUGCAUUGAGAAGCCCACAUGGAAAAUGACUGCCCUCUUCCUAGAACAGCCAGCCUGCCAGCAAUACAACAGCUGUACCAUAGUUGAUCCAAAGCCUUUCAUCUUGGAGUGUGUUGAGCUCGUUUUCUGUGGAAUGACUGUAGGAUGUCAGUGUGUGUGCACAUUGUGCUGUUCCCCGAGUAGGGUUCAUCACCUAUGCCUUUACUUUGACCCACCUUAAUGAGAGAGCAAUUUUGGCCUCACCACUUUAUUUUUGUUGCUGUUGUUGGGUCCCAUCCUUGCGAAAGCAAUGCCAGGGGUUUUAGUGUUUAGCCUGCAUUGCUUAUGUCUUCCUCCUGGUUCUGUUAGAACCUAGUCAUUGGAAAAUGGAUCACCAUUAGCAAGUACCUAGCUUUUUGUAUCUGGCAUGUCCUGUUUGCCUUGAAUGAAUAACAGUGAUAGUCUGCCUUAAAACAAAAUAGAAUGGAAAGAGCCAUGCUGCUGUCUUUACCCUUUUGGAAGACCCCUUGCCCCAGUUUCUUCCUCCACCCACUCCCAUUGCACACUGCUUCUUUCUAUGCAGGGAAUAUGUUCACUUACCUCCACCUUUUUCCAUAUAAAUAUACUUAUUGCUCUUGUUUAUCUAGCCCUCUGUGGUCAGUGCAUUGCAGUUUGAUGGCAUCAUGGAAGUAUAAAUUCCCAGAUUUUCUCCAGUGAGCCUUCCUUAAUUGAACAGUUCUGUGACCUUUCCUAAAGAUUCCUACAACAAAAGUGGAACGGCUUGGUUGCCAGUUCUCACACUUGGCCCUGUCUUAAAGCCAGGGUGAGCACACAGAACCACAGUGUGCUUUAAAAUAUCAAGGGAACUAGAAAGCCCAUCCUUUGAAAAAUGGAAGUGGCAGAGGUCAACCCCGUUUACUGCCUCAUAACAAUGCAUUAACAUGGGAGACAGCUGUGGAAAAAGGCAGCACUUUGCCUCCCCCCCCCCCAACCUGCCUACCACCAACAAAUCUGAAUGGGAAGCAGCACGAUUCCCUGGGCCACUGUCCGUGUUCUCCAGCAUCAGAUGGGCAUUGCACACUGUGCACAUUCCACAUGAAAGCACACAGUUUGGUACUGAAUAUAGACCCAAGCAUUCAGAUAAUUACAGGUUGCAGCUUUAAUUCAAAGCUGUUUAGCUCCUUUGUGAAAAUUGCCUUGCAGAUCUGUGGGCGAUGUAUCUGAUUGAAAUCAGACCAUUGUCUUUUCAUCGCCGGCUUAUUUGUAUGCUGCUUUCUCACAGGAUUUUGCUCAGAUUGGUUCACAGCGUAUCUAGGGACUGGCAACCGCAAUUAAAAGAACGUAAGAAAAAAUAAUUUAAUGAUAAUUAGAAAAAAACAUCAUUUAAAAAUCAGUAUGUACAAUGCCGUGGAAAACAAUAUACACAUGCUAACGUAACAGUUUAAAAUUAAGCAGAAGAGAGAAUAAAGUUUCAGGGCUGUGCAUAGUUCCUCAUGCUUCAUCCUGAUUAGCAGAAGCAAGCUAAAUUGCCCAAGAGUAGCCCAAUGGAUGGCAAUUAGUUUGCUUUUUAUAAUGUAUACAGGCCACAGAAAUGUGGAUUACCUUGAUGCCCAAUAUUGGCUGUUAUCACAGAAUACAUACAUGGCCCUAACCUUAGGCUUUCCAGGCUUGCUCUUUGAGACCCCCAGUGGUAGAGCAGGUUCUCUCACCUUGUUCAGAGAGUGCUGCUCUUCUUCAAUGUGGUGUUUAGAUCAGCCUUCACUAACUGGAUGCCCUCCAGAUGAUUUGGAGUACAGUUCCCAUCAGCCCCAGCCAACACAGCCAUGCUGUGGCUUAGAUUCCUCUGCUGUUUAUAAAAGAAAGCCUCCCCCCCCACCCUGCCUGAUAUAUUUGGGAUGUUGUUGCAUGGGGAGGUUAUAUCAGCAAUUAAAGAGCACCAUUUAUGCAGAAGGAUUUAGCUGUGCCCAUAUCUAUCAUCUUGAGUUGCAGUGACCGAACUGCUAAAUGUUUUGGACGGUGUGAAAGAGUGGCAGAAUUUUGGGUGACACCUAGCCCAAAGAAAAGUAUCUAGUUUCUUCCUUUUUUUGUUUAACAACAGAAUGAAGCAAUAACACCACUCUUAAUUUCCAUCCCCCAUCCACCUCUGGAUGGUUCAUAUUUUUUGUGCAGGUACAUGAAGAGUCAGAUAUCAACUUGGGUCUUAAAUCUGGAAUAGGCAUUUCACCUGAGUAAUUUAAAUGAGGGACACAAAAGAACUUUAUGGUUGAAAUCUUAUGGGAGACAACAGAAGAGCAGUUUUUCUCUUUCAUAAAAUUUGGUUUUUGAAAAAUGAAAUACAAAUGUUACAGUCUUCAGGCUAAGAAUGUAGGUGCCCCCCCCCUUUUUAAGAUUUUCUAUUCUCAGGUUCUUAAAUACAAAUUUAUGAAGGGCAAGAAUAGCAAUAGCUAUUAUCUAUAAUGCUCAGGGCAUCUAUUCUAAUGCUCAGGCUGGAAAUGAAGGGGGUCCUCUGUUUUAAAACCAUGACACAUUUUUUAAGAAUUCUGAGACAUCAGUUGAAACAACCACUGGCCCAAUGCUGUGUGGCUGUUAGGUGCCUAAUAAGUCAACUAAUUUAAUUAAAUUCUUCCAGUCUUGUGUACAGAAUGCCAGAUGCUGCAAGGACACACUUUGUGCCUGGCAAGAAUAAAACUCCUCUAAGGUUGUAUUUGUCUACUUUUGAAAAUUGUAGGCAUCUAGAAUUUGAUUCUGCAGGCUCACCUUGCCCUUUGAAUGCUGGAACAUAACACCUCUGAUAAAUGAGUGGUUCCCAUGCCAUGUCACCCUCCAUUUAGAAUAUUGGUUGAUCAUAUGAAACUGCCUUAUACUGAGUUAAUGCUGGUCCAGAAAAGUCUACUCUGACUGGCAGAGGUCUUUCCCAGCUGAAGUGGGGUGUGUGUGUGUUUGUGUGUGUGUGAAGAGCUGAGGAAUUGAAUGUGGGACCUCUUGUGUACACUGCAUGUACUCUACCACUGAGCAAUAGCUCUUCCCUUAUACUUCCAUGCACCUACUGCUAAAAGCAAGAUAACACUUGUUUAAACUAAAAUGCAGCACUUCUCCAGUGGUUAGAUACCUACUGUGGUAAGCUGCCAGGAUAUUUGUGCAUCCAGUUUAUGUAUGGCACAUACAGCAAGUGUCUCUUAAAACAGCUGCUGCUGACAUUGGAGACCUGCUGGAGAGAGGGCAGGAGUCAAGAUUGUCUGUUUGAGGUAUGAUGAGGCCCAUUAACUAUCAAUGACCCAAGAAGCUUUAGCAUUUACAGGAAGCCUGAUGUCCUUGCCAUGGUGUCACUCCUGUUGUAGGAAAAUCUGAAACCUGGGAGCCCAUGCAAGUUGCGGCAAGUAGGAUUACCAUUUAGGUUGCAAUACCAUACACAUUUACCUGGAAGUAAGUCCCACUUAACUUAGUGAGGCUUACUUUUCAGCAAACACUUGUAGGAUUGUGCAUUCAGGUUUUUCAGGUGCUUAGCUUUGAAACUUGCUCUCACGUAAAAUAAGUUGGAGCAAUAGGUGAAGUAAGACAUUGGAUUGGCUUUCCAUUUUUAAUGGCAUGAAUACAGUAGGCUUUGAUGCACCCUACAGAUUGAGAAAAAACUGGCAGGACAAUGGAUGAAGGGGAACUGGAGGGGCUGGACACUUGGGUGCAGGCUUCUCUUGCAUCAACUCUUUUCUAGGGCCACUUCUGGUACACAUUUUUUCUCACUGGAGCGCUUUUGUAUGAUAAUUCCUUGCAGCAUUUUUAGGCAGAGUGUUAAAUGCAUGUUACUAACUCUGAGAGAGAAAGGUGCCGCCCAGCUCCUCAUUGCCUUUUAGAAGUAAGUGGAGAUUGAAAGGGCUUUUUUGUACACUCCAUACUUAAUUUUUACCACUUUCUCGUUGAGAGAUUUUCUUUUGGAUACCACAGGGGCUUUUUGCACAUGAGAAUGCAUACUCAUGUCUACCAAAUAAAUGAGUAAAUACCACAUUAGUUGGCUUCUGUGGCACAUGGGGAGAGCGUUUCCAAAAUCAAGAUGCUCGUGGUACCUGCACUAGGGUAAUAUAGCACAUGCACAAACUGAAACUGUUAGUGUACUGUUUCUUAAUCCUUGUGAGGAAGUCUGUGACAUCCUUGACCAACCUGCUGCCCACCAGAGGUUUCUUACUACAGUGUUUUCAGGUGGUUUAAGCAGUACUGGAUGCAUUGUAUUACAGCUCUACCAUCAUUUCCAAAUAUGGUCCACCCGUACACGUUGUUCAGAAAAACAAAGUUGGCCGCAAGUUAAGAUCAGUUCACAAUUUACACGUCUAUGGAGUGACUACUGUCUAGUGUCUGUAAACACGUCAAUACGUGCAUUUCUGUCACACUUUAUUAUUAUGGGGAAACCUGUGGACCUCCAGAUGUUGUGGGACUACACCUCCAAUUAUCCCUGACCAUUAUUCAUCCUGGUUGGGGCUGAUGUUUGUUCCCACCCCUGCAUCUACAAUAGAUGUUGUGCCCACAGCAGAAAGAACUGCUGUUUUGAUGUGUGAAUCAGCCCUCUGUUUCCCUUACUGCUUUUAUAGUAGCGUAGUGAGCAUACAAACAAAGGACUGAGUAUGGGGGGUUUUUUUGGUAGGAAACCUUCCAUUGGCUUGAUUCAUGUUAGGUAGUAUCCUAUGGAGAUCUCUCUCUCUCUCUCUCUCUCUCUCUCUCUCUCUCUCUCUCUCUCUCAUGCUUCAGUCCUGGGCUUCUUUCCUGCAGAUUUUUAAAAAAUUGCUUUUGGAGUUGACCACCUCUGUCACUUUAUUAAGAUUUCAAUGCUUGCACCAGAGGAGAUGUGUGUUGAAUGGUGAACACUUCUAUGUUGAUAUAUAUCUUGAGAUACUGGCUUCUGCUAAUACUGGUUGUCCAUUUCUACUGGAGAUAGCACUGCUGCAUUUGCUUUUACAUGGAAGCUCACACAGUUCAGACCAAAUGUUCCAUCAGAACAAGCACUUGCACACCUUCUGUUACCCAGUGGGCAGGCUGCAGGUAGUUGGAGAUGCAAACACACAGGGAGAACCUGGUUGCCUUCAGUGCUUCUUAUUUGUUUGUAAUCUGAGUUGCACCACUAUGAAACUAUUUGCAGAAUGGUACUCGUAUAUAUGUGGGAUUUAAAAAUACCAUAACGCUGUGCAGGAUGUCAAUCAGUUUUUAUUUUGCUUUAUUUUAUAUAUAUAUAUUUUUCUGGUAUCCUGUACAUUGAAGUGGGUGUGAAGAUAGUAUUUUAAUAUUUGUACAAAGUUUAAUUUAAUUUCAAUUAUUCUAUGUAUAUAACUGCAUUUCUAAAUUAAAAAAAAAUCUUUUGAAGUU